AUUCCCAGCCUUGCCUCGGGUGUAGGGAUUGCAAGGAGAAAGCAAAACUGCACGGCCUUAUCACUGUGUAGUUUUGUUUUUAGGGGAUAUUUCGAGGUUCAACCGUUCUCUUCUUGGAUUUUGUGGAAUCUUCUUUGGAUACGGAGACUGUUGCUUAAGUCACCUGGGCCUAGUCCCAUCAAUUGAAGGCAUCCUUGUGGAUACAAGGUGCCGAGCAACAUGUCGACACAGGCGCCAACAUUCACACAGCCGCUGCAAAGCGUUGUGGCACUAGAGGGUAGUGCUGCAACGUUUGAGGCUCAAGUUACUGGUUCCCCAGUUCCUGAGGUAAGCUGGUUUCGUGAUGGCCAGGUCCUUUCUGCUGCCGCUCUUCCCGGCAUUCAGAUCUCGUUCAGCGAUGGCCGCGCUGUUCUGAGGAUCCCUGCAGUGACUGCCACACACAGUGGAAGAUUUUCUGUGAGAGCCACCAAUGGUGCAGGACAAGCCACUAGCACUGCUGAGCUCCUAGUUACAGCUGAGACUGCGCCACCCAACUUUAUUCAGAGACUUCAGAGUUUGACAGUAAGACAAGGAAGCCAAGUGAGACUGGAUGUUCGUGUGACAGGAAUCCCUACACCUGUGGUGAAGUUCUACAGGGAGGGAGCUGAGAUACAGAGCUCCCCCGAUUUUACGAUUGUUCAAGAAGCAGACCUUUACAGUUUACUGAUUGCUGAAGCCUUCCCAGAGGACUCUGGGACAUACUCUGUGAAUGCCGCGAACAGCAGCGGAAGAUCUACCUCUACUGCUGAACUCCUGGUUCAAGGUGAAGAGGCCGUGCCUGCGAAGAAAACCAAGACUGUGAUUUCCACUUCUCAAAUGUCUCAGAGCCGCCAGACCAGAGUGGAAAAGCGGGCCGGGGCUGGUUUCCAGACCACCACCAUGACUGAGAUGCAGGUAGCAGGAGGCGGCAUGACUCAACAUUUAGCACACAAGACUCCCCCAAGGGUUCCUCCCAAACCCACCUCCAAGUCCCCCACCCCACCGUCUCUGGUGGCCAGGGUGGCCGGAGGUCGCCAUCAGUCUCCCUCCCCGGUCCGACACGUGAAGGCCCCCACGCCCACACCUGGCAGGCCAAUUUCUCCCUCCUCAAGAGUCUCGGUGUCCCCCAUCAGGCCUGUCAAGUCCCCCCUCACCACCCGCAAACAGAUGGCUUCAGGGGCCGACGUCCUGCCCCCCUGGAAGCAGGCCGGCUUCAUGAGUGAGGCCAGCUACACCUCUAUGACCUCCACCUCUACCCAGCUUAGAACCUCCUCCACUCAGAUGCAGAUGGAGCAGCACUGGGAACAACAAGUGAUGGCUGUCAAAGAGGAGACUGAGGGUGCUGCUGUACCCACUCCCACAGAGAGUGUCGUUCCACCCACGCUGCUGGCUGGCUUAAAGAACCUGACUGUUACAGAGGGCGAGUCUGUGUCUCUGGAGUGCCAGAUCACUGCUAAUCCCAGCCCGAUCAUCAUGUGGUUCAGAGAGGACUACAAGAUCGAGAGCUCCAUUGACUUCCAGAUCAGCUAUGAGAAUGGAUUUGCACGUCUGGUGAUCCGUGAAGCCUUUGCUGAAGACAGCGGCCGCUUUACCUGCACAGCAACCAGCGAGGCUGGGACAGUCAGCACGUCCUGCUAUCUGCUCGUACAGGUGUCAGAAGAGAUUGAGAGCCGAGAGGAAAUGGUUGCCAUCUCCGAGCAAUUGCACAUUUCUCAAGUGACAGAGGUGUCAAGAGAGGAGACAAUGUCCGAGAUCAGCAUAACUGAGUCUGAUACCAGUGCUGCCAUUGCACCAUUCUUCAUCAAGAAGCCCAGCGUCCAGAAGCUGGUGGAGGGAGGAAGCGUUGUGUUUGAAUGCCAAGUCGGAGGAAGCCCUAAACCACAUAUUAUCUGGAAGAAGAGUGGCUUGCCCCUCACUACCGGAUACAGAUAUAAAGUAGCCUACAAGAAGGAGACAGGAGAAUGCAGAUUGGAGAUCUCCAUGACCUUUGCUGAUGAUGCAGGAGAGUACUCUAUUUUUGCCAAGAACCAGCUUGGAGAAGCCUCAGCUUCCGCCACUCUGAUGGAUGAAGAGGAAUAUGAAGCCUUCAUGAAGAAACUAGAAGCUACCUUUACCACUCAAGUGACCUCCAUGGUGCUGGAACCCAGCGUGGGCGAUGUUGCUCCUGGUGUUAUGUCCUCUCAGAGGACCACCACCAUUACAUCCGGACAGGAAUUUCAUCUUUCUGCGAUUGAGCAGAGGAUCAUCCAGGAGAUUGAGCUCAGGAUCAUGACAAUUACCUAUCAACACAUUGUAACCGAGGAUGGAGAACUAAUGGUGACUGCAGCAGAAUAUGAGGCCUUGCAGCCAGGAUUUGCCACACCAGUCAAAAACUACAGGAUCAUGGAGGGAAUGGGAGUCACUUUCCACUGUAAAAUGGAAGGAAUCCCACUUCCCAAGAUUGCAUGGUACAAAGAUGGCAACCGUCUUCAACAUGGCGGCCGUUGUCAGAUGGAGGUUCUCCAGGAUGGCAGAGCCAGCCUUCGUCUGCCUGUGGUGCUUCCAGAGGAUGAGGGCGUUUACACCGCCUUUGCCAGCAACAUGAAGGGUAAUGCUGUCAGCUCUGGGAAGCUGUAUGUCGAACCCUCUGGAGCAGCAACUCCUCAGACAUACAAUCCCCAGCCAGCAAUGCAGAGAAUCAGGUCUACCUCUCCUCGUUCUAUGAGUCGCUCCCCUGGCCGUUCUGCCAGCGGCUCUCCAGCUCGCAGGCUUGAUGAGACGGAUGAAGCUCAGCUGGAGAGACUCUACAAACCUGUCUUUGUCCUGAAGCCUUCCUCAUGUAAAUGCACUGAGGGGCAGACUGCCAGAUUUGACCUGAAGGUUGUCGGAAGGCCGAUGCCUGAAACAUACUGGUUCCACAAUGGUCAUCAAGUUGUGAGUGACUUCACCCACAAGAUUGUUGUUAAAGAAGAUGGAACACAGUCUCUGAUAAUUGUAACAGCCAUGCCUCACGAUUCUGGAGAAUGGACAGUUGUUGCUCAGAAUAGAGCUGGAAAAUCCUCCAUCUCCAUCACUCUGACUGUCGAUGCUAAAGAAAGCCUGAUACGUCCCCAGUUCAGCGAAAAGCUGAAGAACAUCAGUGUGAAACAGGGAACUCUGGUGGAGUUGGCUGUCAGGGCCAUCGGAAACCCCAUUCCUGACAUUGUCUGGAUGAAAAACAGUGAUAUUAUUACUCCACACAAGCAUCCUAACAUCAGGAUCGAAGGAACUAGAGGAGAUUCCAAAUUCCAGAUCCGUUCAUCUGUUGGCUCUGACAGUGCCUGGUACACAGCUACAGCCAUCAACAAGGCUGGAAGAGAUACCACUCGCUGUAGGGUCAAUGUUGAGGUAGAAUUUGCUGAACCUGAACCAGAGAGGAAGCUGAUUAUAACCAAAGGAACCUACAAGUCAAAAGAUAUUGCUGCCCCUGAAUUGGAGCCCCUUCAUCAACGUUAUGGCCAAGACCAAUGGGAGGAGGGAGACCUUUUUGACAAAGAGAAGCAGCAGAAACCACAGUUCAAGAAGAAGCUGACUUCUGUCCGAAUGAAGCGUUUUGGGCCAGCUCAUUUUGAGUGCAGACUGACUCCUAUUGGUGACCCCACUAUGGUCGUUGAGUGGCUGCACGAUGGCAAACCUCUUGAUGCUGCCAAUAGGCUGCGCAUGGUCAAUGAGUUUGGCUAUUGCAGUCUGGACUAUGAAGUUGCCUACCCUAGAGACAGCGGUGUUAUUACCUGCAGAGCUACAAACAAGUUUGGUGUUGAUCAAAAUUCUGCCACCCUUGUGGUUAAGGAUGAGAAAGGCCUUGUUGAAGAGUCCCAGCUCCCCGAGGGAAUAAAGGGAGCACACAGAAUUGAUGAGAUGGAGCGUAUGGCUCAUGAGGGAGGACCCACUGGUAUAAGUGCUGAUGAUGAAACAGAAAAGUCAAAACCAUGCAUUGUUCUGGUUCCAGAACCAGCUGUAAUUGUGGAAGGAGAAACUGCGAGAUUCCGUUGCAGAGUGACUGGUUAUCCAACACCAAAGGUAAACUGGUACCUUAAUGGACAACUCAUUCGCAAGAGUAAGAGAUACAGACUGCGUUAUGAUGGCAUUUACUACCUGGAGAUAGUUGAUGUCAAAUCGUAUGAUUCGGGAGAGGUCAAGGUGGUUGCCGAUAGCAACCUGGGCUCAGCUGAACACAAAGUGAAACUGGAGAUCCAGCAGAAGGAAGACUUGAGAACACUUCUUCGUCGUUCAGAUGGCAAAGUUCCAGAAGCUGUUUCUGAAGCAGGAAAAACACAAUUCGAGCUUGUGAAGGUGGAGAAAACUGCAGAGGACUCUCAGCUGAAAGAAGUUGUUACACUGAAAAAGACCCAGAGAGUUGUCCAUGAGAAAUCCACAGAAGAAACAGAGGAACUGAGAGGCAAGUUUAAGCGCAGAACAGAGGAAGGAUUCUAUGAGUCAAUCUCUGCUGUGGAGUUGAAGUCUCGCAGGAAGGAUGAGUCUUAUGAGGACCUACUGAAGAAGACAAAGGAUGAACUGCUUCACCGUGCCAAGGCAAAAGAGGAGGCUGAGAAGUUAAAGGAAGAAGAACGUCGUAAAGUUACUGCUACCCCAUUAAAACCAGAGAGGAUUAAGCUCUCUGCAAGCAUGGUAGCCCCGAAGAUCAUUGAGCGCAUCACCAGCCAGACAGUUGCACAAGGUGAUGAAGUUAAGUUCAGGGUAAGAGUUAUCGGAAGACCAGAACCAGAAUGUCAGUGGUUCAAGAAUGGCGUUCAGCUGGAGAAGUCAGAUCGGAUUAACUGGUACUGGCCCGAGGACCAGGUUUGUGAGCUGGUGAUCACAAAUGUGACCCCAGAAGAUUCGGCCAGUAUCAUGGUCAAAGCCAUGAAUUCUGCUGGGGAGACUUCUGGUCAUGCUUUCCUGCUAGUGCAAGGAAAGCAAGUCCUCACCUUCACACAGAAACUUACAGAGGUCAAUGCCAAGGAGAAGGACACCAUGGCCACCUUCGAGUGUGAGACCAACGAGCCUUUCAUUAAAGUGAAAUGGAUGAAGAACAACAUGGAUAUCUUUUCUGGAGACAAAUACAGGAUGCACUCUGACAGAAAAGUCCACUUCCUGUCUGUGCUGAUGAUCUCUAUGAAAGACGAUGCAGAUUACAGUUGUGUUGUUAUCGAAGAUGACGCAGUCAUAACCACUUCCAGGCUAAGCGUUGAAGGUGCUCCGUUGGAGAUAGUGAAGAACCUUGACAGCACUGAGGUUCCUGAAUCCUACUCUGGAGAGUUUGAGUGCAUCGUGACCCGUGAAGAUGCUGAGGGCACUUGGUAUUUUGGAGACAAAGUGAUCUCUAGUAGCAACAAAUACAUAAUUUCCUCCCGCCGUGGAAGACACACUCUGUCAGUCAAGGAAGUCAAGAAAGAGGACCAGGGGAAAUACACCUUCAAAGUGGAAGAUUUCAAGUCAAGUGCAUCUCUCAAGAUGAAAUUGCGACCUGUGACACUGAUGCAGCCCCUGAGUGAUCUGACAGUCUGUGAAGGAGACAUUGCUCAGCUGGAGGUGAAGUUCUCCCAGGCGAACGUUGAAGGAACCUGGAUGAAGAAUGGCCAGGUCCUGUCAUCCUCCAACCGUGUCCACAUUGUUAUCGACAAACAGAUACACAAACUCCUGAUAGAGGACACCAUCAAAGAUGACUUUGGAACAUACUCCUUUAUGAUUCCUGCUCAGGAGAUCUCAACCUCUGCAAAGCUGACCGUCCAGACUAUCGGAGUCUUGAUCACGCUGAAGGAUAUCAGUACUAUUGAGGGAACCAAGGCUGUUCUGGAGACAAAGAUCUCAGUUCAGGACAUCACCGCUGUCAAAUGGUACCAAAAUGAUGAACUGCUGAUAGCCAGUGAGCGAGUUCAGAUGGUCUCCAAGGGGGCCAAGCAGCGUCUGGUCUUCAACAGGACCUUUGCCUCCGAUGAGGGACAGUACAAACUGGUGGUGGGAAAGGUUGACACCAGCUGUAGACUGUCUGUACAGGAGGUCACGAUUGUUAGCCCAAUGAAGGACAAGGUGUGCUCAGAAUCUGAAAAUGUCACCUAUGAAGUUGAAGUCUCACACCCUGGCAUAGAUGCUUUUUGGACCUUCAAUGGUCAGCCCCUCAAAGCCGGACCGAAGUACAAGAUGGUGUCCAAGAAGAAGAGCCACUCUCUCACUGUGCUGAAUGCCAUGAAGGAUGAAGAAGGGGAAUAUAUGUUUGGUGCUGGAGAAAAGUCCUGCUCUGCCACACUUACUGUUUCAGGUGGAGCUAUCAGGAGGCCCCUCUUUGACUUGGUGGUUGCCGACUCCCAGACUGUUGAGCUGGAGUGUGAGGUGGCCAAUGCCUCUGUCGAGGGGAAGUGGCUAAAGGACGGCCAACAGUUGGACUACAGCGACAACGUUGUGAGUGAGGUGAAUGGCGCAGUAAGACGCCUGGUGAUCAUCAUUAGUAAAGCUUCAGACAUUGGAGAAUACACCUACCAGGUGGCCAACUCCAAGACCACAGCCAGUCUGAAAGUCGAAGCUGUGAAGGUCAAGAAGACCUUGAAGAAUCUCAAUGUGGUUGAGACCAAGGAUGCGGUAUUCAGUCUUGAGCUGACCCAUGAGAAUGUGAGAGGAUCUCAGUGGAUCAAGAAUGGUUUUGAAAUCCUCCCUAGUGAUAAAUAUGAAAUCUCUGUUGUGGGUACAGUCCACACACUGACAAUCAAGAACUGCAACACCCAGGACGAGUCUGUUUAUGCUUUCAAAUUGGGGAAACUGUCUGCCAACGCUAGACUCAAUGUCGAAACGAUCAAGAUCCUGAAAAAGCUGAAGGAUGUGACCUCCCUGCUGGGAGCGAUGGUAACCUUUGAAUUGGGGCUGUCAGAGGAUGACAUCCCUGUGCGAUGGAUGUUAAAUAACGUGCCGCUGGAAGCCAACAAGCAAUUUAGUAUGCUCUCAGAGAAGAAGAGUCAUAAGUUGAUCAUCCAGGAAGUGGACUCCAGUAAGAAAGGAGAAUACACUGCUUAUGCAGGCCACCUGCAUUCCAGUGCUCACCUCAUUGUGGAGGCUCUCAGUGUGACCAAGCCCUUGAAGAAUGUGGAGGUACCAGAGACCCAUGUGGCCACUUUGGAGUGUGAAGUUUCCCAUUUUAAUGUCCACUCUACUUGGCUGAGGAAUGGUGUGGAGAUGGAGAUGAGUGAGAAGUUCAGUAUUGUGGUCCAGAGCAAACUUCACCAGCUCAAGAUCAUGAACACGACCACUGAGGACUCUGCAGAGUACAGCUUUGUCUGUGGAAAUGACAGAGUCUCUGCGACUGUUACUAUUCUUCCAAUCAUUAUCACCAGGAUGAUACAAGAUGUGAAUGCUCAGGAGAAGGAAACUGUGACCUUUGAGCUUGAUGUUAACUAUGAGGGAAUCAUCUAUAAAUGGCUGAAGAAUGGUGCAGAGAUACGCUCCACAGAAAGGAGCCAGAUUCGCUGCAAACAGCUAACACACUCUCUUACCAUCAAAAACGUCCACUUUGGAGACAGCGCAGAGUACACGUUCAUGGCUGGUUCUGCCCUUACUUCCGCUAAAGUCUUUGUUGAAGCCCGUGUGGUAGAAUUCACCAAACACUUGAAAGAUUUGAAGAUCACGGAAAAGAAGAGGGCAACUUUUGAGUGUGAGGUGUCUGAGCCUAACAUCCAGGUCAUGUGGAUGAAGGAUGGUCAGGAGUUGGAGAUGUCUGGAAGACUGAAGAUGACGUCAGAGAAGUUCUUGCAUCGCCUGAUCCUGCCAUCGGUGCGUCUGUCGGACUCUGGGGAGUUCACUGUGGUCGCCGGGGCCAGCAUGUCCAAGGGUCAUCUGACGGUGGAAGGACGGGACGUUAAGAUCUCUGAGCCAGCAAACCGAACAAUCACCGUUGUGGAGAAACAAAGAGCCACCUUUGAGUUUGAGGUGAAUGAGGAUGAAGUAGAGGGCCGCUGGCUGAAGAAUGGAAUUGAGAUCCAGUUCACAGUUGAGAAGAGGUUUAACUACGUGAGCAUCAAGAAGAAGCACCGUCUCACCAUCUCUGAAACCUACAGAAGUGAUGCUGGCGAAUAUACCUUCAUCGCUGGCAAAAACAGGAGCACAAUGAACCUCCUUGUCAAAAUCCCAGAGCCCCCUCAGAUCGUCAAGCACAUGGAGCCCCAGUCGGUGGAAGCUGGAAAACCAGCUCGCUUCACGGUCGCAGUGACUGGUGUUCCCCAGCCACAGGUCUCCUGGUACAAGAACUCCCAGGCUUUGUCUUCUGGCUUCAAGUGCAAGUUCCUUUGUGAAGGAAACGACCACACUCUGCUGCUGAUCGAGGUGUUCCCAGAGGAUGCAGCUGUGUACAACUGUGAAGCCAAGAAUGACUACGGAGAGGCAACUACCUCAGCUGCUCUUAAUGUGGAAGUUCCUGAGGUGGUAUCGCCAGAGUCUGGGCCUCAGAUGUCAGCUCCUGUGAUCUCCAGACCACUGAAGGACCUACUGGUGUUCCAGGGUAGACCUGCUCAACUCCAGUGCACUGUCUCUGGAGAAGACUUGCAGGUGGUGUGGUAUUGUAAUGGGAAAGAGAUCAAGGACUCAGACAUCUACCGGAUGACUCGGUCCGGGGAGACCUGCCAGCUAGAUGUGUCUGGGGUGCAAUCAGCCCAGCAGGGAGAGUACAUGUGCACCGCCAGAAACACAGCAGGAAGGGUGUCAUGCAGUGCGAAGCUGAGCCUAGAUGUUCCUGCAGCGGCGGUGGGAACUAUAAUGGAGCAGAAGGAGGAAAUUAAAGUGAAACCGGUAUUCAGGCACAGACCAGUGCCCCUGGAGGUCAAUGUUGGGAACAACGCCAAGUUUGAAUGUGACACUGAGGAUGCUCCAAAUGUCAACUUCAAAUGGUUCAAGGAAGGAAAGCCUAUUAAAGAUGGGGACAGAUGCAGGAUCAUCAGCCGCUUCAAUGUCUCCUCUCUAGAGCUUAUAAGCCCCACUAAAGCUGACAGCGGGGAGUACUGCUGCAAGGCCUCAAACCAGCACGGCUCCGACAGCUGCUCCAUCACCCUGAACGUCACCGAAACCUUCCUUCCAGCGUUUAUACGUAAGCCUGAAUCUCAGGUUGUGUGUGUGGGAAAGAAGUCCACCAUGCAGUAUGUAGUAACAGGAUCGGAUCCACUCAGUAUUGUCUGGCACAAAGACGAUCAACUCGUACCUGAUGUACCACACUACCACACCUCUUCAGAAAAGAAUAAACACACUCUUGAAAUCCCCAAUGUGGAGCUGUCAGACCAGGGGGUUUACCUCUGUAGAGUGUCUAAUAGCGCUGGGAUCGCUAUGUGCAGCACAGAGCUCAGUGUCAUUGCCACGCCCAGCUUCGUGACGCCCCUUGGCUCUGUGGCAGCUGUUGUUGGGGCUUCUCUCCACCUGGAGGCCCAGGUGGACAAGGACACUGGGGUGACCAUUAUGUGGACCAGAGAUGGGCGAAAAGUCCACCAAUCUCCCGAUUGUAAACUCUCUUUUGAGAGGAAAAGGGUCACGCUUGAUAUCCCAAAGAUCACACUGAAAGAUUGUGGCCAAUAUGUAUGCAAAGCCACAAACGACGCUGGAAGUACAACAUGCUCUGCCAAAGUCAGGGUGCAAGAGGCUCCAAGCUUCAUAAAGAGGCUGGAGAGCACUGUAGCCUGGAAGCAGGGCAGCUCUGCUCGACUGCAGUGCAUUGUUAGCGGUUCCCCAGACCUUCAAACAUCUUGGUUCCUCAACGACAGAGAGCUGUCCCCAGGGGAAAGGUAUAGCAUCAGCCUGAAGGACAGUGUUGCUACUCUGGAGCUGAGAAGUGUCAUGCUGUCAGACAGUGGAAACUACACCUGUGAGGUCCUAAACGAGUCAGGCUGUGAGAGCUGCACCAGUAAAGUUACUGUGAAAGAACCCCCUAGUUUCAUGAAGGACCUGCUUUCUGUUGAAGCAGUGAGAGGAUCUGUUGCCAUGUUUGACUGUGAGAUUGAAGGCUCAACACCAUUUGAGGUGACCUGGCUGAAGAAUGGAAAACGUAUUUCUGCAGGCGGGAAAUACAGAAUAGUGUCACAGGGCUCCAUGUCUUCACUUGAGAUCCAUUCUUUUGAAAGUUCUGAUAUUGGAGAUUAUAAGUGUGAUGUAUCAAAUGCAGUUGGUGUAGCAUCCUCCAAGGCAAUGGCUAAGCAGAAAGAACCCCCAGCAUUCUCAAAGAGAGUUGAGAGCAUUGUGGCUGUGUUAGGAAACACAGUCAAACUUCAGGGCAGUAUAAAAGGAUCAGCUCCCCUCACUGUUAAAUGGACGAAAGACUCUGAGAUCCUAAGAGAUGACAAUGCCAAUAUCAGCAUGAGGUUGGAGAACAAUGUUGCCAGCCUUACAUUCUCAUCUGUUGAGGUGGCAAAUGCUGGAAAGUAUGCCUGCCAAGUUGAAAAUGCUGCAGGACGUCAGACAUGUGAAGCUGUUCUAACAGUCCAAGAACCCGCCAGAAUCGUAGAACCUGCAGAGUCCAUUAGUGUGACUGCAGGAGAUUCAGCCACCUUGGAAUGUACAAUCGCUGGAAGCCCAGACCUCAAGGUGCAAUGGUUUAAAGAUGGAAAGGAGGUGACGAGUGGUCGUAAAUACAAAAUCACUCUGAAGGAGAAAACUGCUAUGUUAAAAAUUCUGGCAGCAGAAAAAGAAGAAUCUUCUGAAUUCAGGAUGGAGGUGUCAAACAAAGUGGGCAAGGACCAGUGCAAAAUCUCUGUUACCGUCCUAGGUCGAGCAGUUCCCCCUUCCUUCACUAAAACUCUAAAGAAACUUAAUGCAAAUAUUGGUAAUGAUAUUACCUUGGAAUGCAAAUUCUGUGGGACCCAACCAAUUGAUGUUUGUUGGUACAGAGAUGAUAAAGAGAUCCACAGUGAUACAAAAUAUAAGGUUGAAACGAGGGAGAACAUGGCCGCUCUCCUUAUAAGGAGCCUGGGGCAAAGUGAUGGAGGCAAUUAUAGAUGCCGACUGACCAACGUUGCUGGUCAAAAGGACGACACUGGAACUCUCUGUAUCAAAGAACCCCCAGCUUUUACAGUGAAACCAGAUAACCGGGAGGUAAAAGAAGGCUCCACUAUUUCUUUGAAAUCAGCCUUCACUGGAACAGUUCCUCUGGCUGUCAAGUGGUUCAGAGAAGAAAAGGAAAUUUCCACUGGAGGCUCAUAUUUAAUUAAGAAAGAUGCCUUAUCCAGCACCUUGGAACUCCACUCAGUGAAACCCAGCGACUCUGCUAAGUUCACAUGCCAAGUAUCCAACGAUGCUGGGAAAGUGGACUGUACUGCUGUCCUCGUUGUGAAAGAAAGUAAAGUUCCUCCGAGCUUCACCAAGAGGCCUGCCGAAUCCAUGGAGGAUACAGUGGGUAAGGUGGUGAAGAUGGAGGCUCGAUUGUCUGGCUCCCAGCCCAUCAGCGUCUCCUGGUUUAAGGAUGGUAGUCAGAUCCACAGCUCUGACAAACAUGAUGUCAGCCUCAGGAACAACACAGCCCUUCUCGCAAUAAAAGACACCUUGGUCUUUGACCAGGGUCGUUAUUCUUGUGAGGCAACCAAUGAGGCUGGAAAAGAGUCCUUCCAGGUUUCCCUUACUAUCUCAGAGGCUGCAAAGAAGCCUGUAUUUGACAUCCCUCUCAAAUCGGAGACGGUGAAAGAGGGCGACAAGCUUAGCCUUACCUGCCACGUCUGUGGCUCUCCUCCACUGAAGAUCCAGUGGAUGAAGGAUAGAAAGGAGCUGAAAUCCAGUGGGAACACCAGGAUUACUUUAGUGGAUGGUACAGCAAGCCUGGAAACCAGCAAAGCGUCCAAGGCUGAAGCAGGAGAUUAUCUGUGCAAGGCCAGCAAUGCUGAGGGCAGUGAGUUCUGCAAGUCCAAGGUCACUGUGAAAGACAAAGGGACCAAGGCUGCACCUAGUGAGGCGGCAGCAGCUGCUGGAACUUCUCCAACAAAGCGUCUGGAUAACCUCUUCUUCAUCGAGGAGCCCAAGAGUGUCUCUGUCGCAGAGAAGGGCACUGCUACCUUUAUCGCCAAGGUUGGAGGUGAUCCCAUUCCCAAUGUGAAAUGGAUGAAGGGGAAGUGGAGGCAGAUCACCCCUGGUGGUCGUAUCUCUGUGGAACACAAAGGGCAGGAGGCCAAGCUGGAGAUCAGAGAAGUGACCAAGUCUGACUCUGGCCAGUACAGAUGUGUGGCCUCCAGCAAACACGGAGAGAUUGAAUGCAGUACAGACAUGGAGGUCAACAAGAAGGAAGAGGCGGAAGGAGUUGGGGACUUUAGGGCCAAGCUCAAGAAGACUCCAUCCAAGACGAAGAGUCCAAAGAAAGAGGGAGAGGUUGAUAUCGUUGAGCUACUGAGAGGUCAUGACCCCAAAGAUUAUGAGAAGAUUCUCCUCGACCAUGACAUCCACGACUACCGGGCAAUUCUUGAGGCUAUUUCUUUCUUGAAGAAAGAGAAAGAGGAUGAGACAGGAAAAGUGGAAGUGGAGCGCGGAGGCCGAGUAACGAAGGAGGACAUGGCUAGACUCAUCCAGCAGUUGGGAGGCCGCGCUGGCACAGAGCCUGUCUCUGUGUUAAAAGACAUCAGUGACCAGACCACUGCUGAGAAGCAGGUGGCCACCUUUGAGUGCCAGGUCACCAUCAACUACCCUGAGAUCACCCUGUCCUGGUACAAGGGCACCCAAAAGCUGGACAACAGUGACAAGUAUGACAUUAGUGUGGUAGGGGAUCGCCACUACCUCAGAAUCAAGAAGUGCAGUGAUAAGGACCAGGGCGACUACCGCGUGGUGUGUGGCCCUCAUAUCUCCAACGCCAGACUCACCGUCACCGUGGUAGCGAGUGUGGACACACUGGGAGAGACCAAGAGCUCAGCAGAGCUCUCCCUUUCAGGCAAAGAAAUUGGUUUGGGACAGGUUCCCUAUGAUAUCCAAGACAAAACAAUUCGAGUACAAGAAACAUCAUCUCAGUUUACUUACACGGAUUCGUCUGAGUUCUAUCACUACGAAGAGAAAACGGAAGUAAAAGAAGAAAGGAAACCAGUUAUAGAACGUGUUGAGAAGACACGAGUCAAAGUUCCUGAAGCUGACCGCAGACCAGAGGAGAAACUCUCUGUAGCCCAGCCUCCUGUCCCUGUAGCACCGCCCCCUGUUCAAGUACCUGAAAUCAAGAAGCCUGAACCCCAAGUGAGCCCUGUUCCUUCGCGCAGAGAAGAGGAAACUGCAAUCCCAGAAGUCCCUGUGGCUCAGCCAUCUGCCACCAAGGUCCACACUCCUAAAGCUCCUCCCAUUACUGCCAAAGUACCCAAGGAACCUGUUCAAACAAUCACUCCUAAGCUUACCACACCAAAAGAACAAGUUCCUUCUGGAGUUGUUCCCAGACCAGUGGAACCAGUUGUUGAUCGACCUGCCUCCAAGGUUACUCUGCCCAUGAAAGAUGUACCCCUACCUCAAGUGCCUCCUCAAGAAGAGAAGAAACCUUCAGAACCAGCAGCAAAGCCUGCUCCUACUCCUCCUCCUCUUUCAGUCACGGUGGAUGUUCCUCCAGCUAAAGCCUAUCCCGUGGAGAAGAUAAAGGCUGCCCGGGUGGAGAAGAAAAGUCCCCCACCCGCAAGCAUGGAGAACUCUCCUCCUGAAGACAAGGGGCCUGUCACAACACCAGGACCAACUAAAGAUGGAAGGCCAGCUGAAGAGCUUCCUAAAGGUAGAGGCCGAGGACUUGGGGCCAAGCAGACCCCAUCUCCUGGUGAUGGAGGCCGAGGCAGGGGCCUGAAGCCUGGGGGAAAGGGCCCGUCCCCACCAGAUGAGCCCUUCGCAGGAUUCAAGCUCAAAGCUGUUCCUCUGAAGUUCAUCAAAAAGCUUCAAAACAUUGUGUUGACAGAGGCAGAGUCUAUUGGCUCAUCUGCUGUAUUUGAGUGUGAUGUUUCCCCCUCUACUGCCAUUGCUUCCUGGAUGAAGGAUGGCAGCAACAUUCGCGAAAGCCCCAAACACAAAUUCACUGCAGAUGGUAAAGACCGCAAGCUGAACAUUAUUGAUGUGCAGCUUUCUGAUGCUGGUGAAUACACGUGCGUGCUCAAGAAUGCCGGAAAGGAAAUAUCGUGCACAGCCAAGCUCAUUGUUGAAGAGCUUCCAGUGAAAUGGAUCAAGGAGCUGGAGCCCGAUACAUCCUGCAUCAAAAGUCAGCCCAUGUACCUGAUCUGUGAGCUGAACAAAGAGAGGGACGUGGUCUGGAAGAGGAACGGAGCGCCCCUCAACAGUAAGGCUGGCAAGAUCGCCAUUAACAUCAUUGGUCUGCAGCACGCUGUGACCGUCCAGAACACCACCGAGGAGGAUGCCGGCCUUUACACUUGUGAGGUGGCCAAUCAACCAGAAGUAAAAACUUCAACUGCUGUUAAGAUCAUUGAAAUCAUCAAGGACUGGCUGGUGAAGCCUCUAAGAGACCAGCAUGUGAAACCCAGGUCUAAGGCCACAUUCAAGUGCGAGCUGUUUAAGGACACUCCCAACGUGAAGUGGUUUAAAGGAGAUGAGGAGAUGGCUCCGUCUGAUAAGGUGGAGCUGAAGAAAGAUGGAAAGGACAUGAGUCUCACCAUCAACAACUGCCAGCCUAGUGAUGUUGCAGAGUACACCAUUGCGGUGGAAGAUCGUAGAUAUGCAGCCAAACUCACCCUGGGAGAGCGUGAGGCGGAGGUCCUGAAGCCACUCUCUAAUGUGGAGGUGACCGAAAAGGAACAAGCUAACUUUGAAACGGAGAUCUCCGAGGAUGAUGUGGUUGGAGAAUGGAAGCUGAGAGGCCAAGUCCUGAGCAGGACGCCGACAUGUGACAUCCGGGCGGAGGGCCGAAAGCGUUUCCUGACCCUGAAGAACGUUCAGUUGGACCAGGCCGGGGAGGUGUCUUACCAGGCUCUCAAUGCCGUCACCAGCUCCAUGCUCACCGUCAAAGAAAUCCAAAUGGGCUUUGUUGUCCCACUGGAGGAUGUUUCUGUGCAUGAAAAGAAACAGGCUAAGUUUGAAUGCAUCAUCACGAAGGAGGUGUCAAAGGUCAUGUGGUUCAGACGGUCUGACAUCAUCACCCCGAGUCCCAAAUAUGAACUUAUUGACGAUGGAAAGAAACACAUGCUGAUCAUAAACAGCUGUGAGAUUGAUGAUGAAUCCCAGUAUUCUAUUGAAGUGUUGGACCAAAAGUCCUGCGCUCAGCUCACUGUGGAAGGAAUGAGGCUCAAAUUUACCAAGCCCCUUCAGAACCAAACCCAAAAGGAAGGUUGCACGGCACUCUUUGAGUUGAAGCUGAGUCACGAGAACGUGCCAGUGGUUUGGUACCGUAAUGAAGUAAAACUUCAUGUGAGCAGAACAGUGCUCACCUAUGUUGACGGAGUGAAACACAGUCUAGAAAUGAGGAUGCUCAGUCUAGACGACACUUGCCAGAUUAAGGCAGAGGCCAAAGGCAUUAACUCAAUGGCAAAACUGACGGUCAUAGAGGGAGAUGCUCUGUUCACCGUCAAGCUCCAGGACUACACAGCGACGGAGAAGGAUGAGGUGACGCUGGACUGUGAACUCAGCAAAGAUGUCCCUGUGAUGUGGUACCACAACGAGAAGGAGCUCAUCACAUCCAAGAUGGUGCUGAUGAAAUCUGAGGGGUUGCGUAGAGUUCUGGUCCUGAAGAAGGUGGAGGAAAAAGAUAAAGGACAAUAUGCAUGUGACUGUGGAACAGACAAGACCACGGCUAAAGUUAUUAUUGAAGCUCGUGACAUCAAGGUGGUGCGUCCUCUGUAUGGGGUGGAGGUGUUUGAUGAGGAGACGGCUCGUUUUGAGGUGGAGAUCUCGGAGGAUGACGUCCAUGGCCAGUGGAAACUGAACGGAGAAGUCCUCAGCGCUUCUUCUGAUGUUGAAAUCGUUGAGGAGGGAGGCAAGCACACUCUGAUCUUAUACAACUGUAAGGUCCUCCAGACAGGAGAGGUGUCGUACAGCGCUGCCAAUGCCAAGUGCUCUGCUAACCUGAAAGUGAAGGAACUCCCCCUGAACUUCACCACGCCACUGAGCGAUGUGCUCGUCUACGAGAAGGACGAGGCCCGGUUCGAGGUGGAGGUGUCCAGGGCAUCCAAGACCACCAGAUGGUUGAAGGGAACUCAGGAGCUGGAGAAUAAUGAGAAGUACGAGAUCAUCCAAGAGGCCAACAUGCACAUGCUGGUGAUAAAGUCUGCUGCCUAUGAAGACGAGGCCAAGUACAUGUUUGAGGCUGAAGACAAGCGCACAUCGGCCAAACUUGUCAUACAAGGUAUCCGACUGGAGUUUUUGAAACCGAUUAAAGAUGUGACUGUGAAGGAGCGUGAGACCGCAGAGUUCAGCAUCGAACUCUCCCAUGAGAAGAUCCAGGUCUCUUGGUACAAGAACGAUGUCCGCCUGCACCCCAGCAAGGUGGUCCACAUGUCGGACCAGGCCAAGACCCACACCCUGGCCUUCAAGGAAGUGACCAUCGAUGACACCUCCCUGAUCAGGGUGGAGGCCAUGGGCAAGACAGCCUCAGCCAUGCUCACUGUCAUUGAGGGAGACUUGUACUUCACCACCAAGCUGCAGAACUACACAGCUGUGGAGAAGGAUGAUGUUUCUCUGGUCUGUGAACUCAGUAAGUCUGUAGCAGAGGUCAAAUGGUUCAAGGAUGGGAAAGAAAUAAUUCCCUCCAAGACAAUUUCUGUCAGAGCCGAUGGCAAAAAGCGCAUCUUGACAGUGAAGAAGGCAUCUAAGGCCAACAUCGGGGCGUACACCUGCGACUGUGGCUCGGACAAAACCAUCGCUAACCUCAACAUUGAAGAACGCGACAUCAAGGUGGCACGUCCGCUGUACAGCGUGGAGGUCACAGAGACAGAGACGGCUAAGUUUGAAACAGAGAUCUCGGAGGCGGAUGUGCAUGGAAACUGGAAGCUCAAGGGAGAACCACUCCACCAGUCCAACGACGUGGAGAUCAAGGAGGAAGGCACCAAACACAUGCUUGUCCUCUUCAACGUCCGCAUGGAUAUGGCCGGAGGAGUGGACUUCUCUGCAGCUAAUGCUAAAUCUACGGCCCAGCUCAGAGUCAAAGCCCGCAGUAUCUGUUUGAGCAGACCUCUGAAGGACGUGACCGUGACCGCUGGAGAGACCGCCACCUUUGAGUGUGAGCUGUCCUACGAGGGCAUCCCCGUGGAGUGGUUCCUGGGGCGGCAGAAGAUGGAGGCCAGCAGCCGGGUUGUGACUCGCAUGGAAGGCAAGACCCAUUCUCUGACGGUCAGGGACGUUAAGCUGUCUGAAGCUGGAGAGGUCAAGCUCACUGCUAAAGACUUCCAGACCCAAGCUACGCUCACCGUCAGAGAGCCACCGGUAGAGUUCAGCAAACCUCUGGAGGACCAGACGGUUGAAGAAGAGGCCACUGCCACCCUUGAGUGUGAAGUGUCCAGGGAGAACGCUGAGGUCCAUUGGUUCAGAGAUGGACAGGAGAUCCGCAAGACCAAGAAACAUGAAAUUAUUAUUGAUGGACGCAAGAGAGCCCUCAUCAUUCGUGACUGCACUACAAACGACGCCAAGAUGUACACCUGCAACGCAAAGGACUUCAAAACCUCCUGCUUCCUGGAAGUCCAGCCUCCUCUUGUUGAGUUCACUAAAGGUCUCAAGGACGUAGAGGUUUUGGAGAAGGAAUCAGCCAGGUUUGAGUGUGAAGUCUCAAGGGAGUCUGCCAAGGUUUGCUGGUUCAAAGAUGGAAAUGAGAUCAGGAAAGGAAAGAAGUAUGAGAUCAUCGCCAAGGGAGUCCAGAGAACCCUCAUCGUACACAAAUCAUGUUUUGAUGACGAGGCGGAAUAUGAAUGCGAUGCAAGGACGUCCAAAUCAACCGGCCUGCUGACUGUUGUCGAGGAGGAAGCUAGGUUCACCAAGAACCUGUCCAACGUGGAUGGGACGGAGACAGACAGUGUCAAACUGAUCUGUGAAGUGUCCAAGCCCUGUUCAGAGGUCACCUGGUACAAAGGGGAGCGGGAGCUGCCUGAGGGAGGUCGCUAUGAACAGAUCAUGGAUGGAAAGAGAAGGAUUCUCAUCAUCCAGGACCUGAAGAUGGUAGAUGUUGGGGAAUACACCUGUAGACUGAGUCCCAAUGUGAAGACAUCAGCUAAUCUUAAACUGAACGAACUCGCUGCUGAGUUCAUCUCCAGGCCUCAGAACCAGGAGGUGGUGGAGGGAGAGAAGGCCGAAUUCGUCUGCUCCGUCUCCAAGGAAACCUAUGAGGUUAAGUGGUUCAGAGGUGACAAGGAGAUAAACGUAGGUGACAAGUAUGACAUAGUGAGUGAAGGGAAGAGAAGAGCACUGAUUGUGAAAAAAUGUGAGACCAAGGAUGAAGGAGGCUAUGUUGCACACAUUGGAGACGUCAAGGCCUCAGCUGAUCUUUAUGUAAUUGAGAAAUUAAGAAUCAUCACGCCCAUUAAAGAUGCAGAAGUGAAGGAGGGAAGUGAGAUCAUGUUUAACUGUGAGGUGAACUCUGAGGGAGCCAAGGCGAAGUGGCUGAAGAACGUUGAGACCAUGUUUGAGAGCGGCAAGUACGUCAUGCUCCAGAGAGACCAUGUGUUCUCUCUGAGGAUCAAAGAUGCCCAGAAGUCAGACGUGGCCAACUACUCCAUCAUCCUGACCAACCACAGAGGAGAGCAGGCCAAGAGUGAAGCCAGUGCUAAAGUAGCAGCGGAGAAGGUGAAAUUCCUGGAGUCCAUAGAGGAUGUCGAGACCCAGGAGAAGAAGACAGUGAGCUUCAGCUGUAAAGUGAACAGACCGGAGGUCACGGUCCGCUGGACAAAGGCAGGGCAGGAGGUGGUCCUCAGCAAGAGGAUCCUCUACAGGGUGGAUGGACUCAAGCAUACACUGACCAUCAAGGACUGUGUCAUGGAUGAUGAGGCAGAGUAUGCAGCCAUGGUGGGAGAGGACAAGUGUGCAGGAGAGCUGAUCAUCAGCGAGGCACCCACAGACUUCACAGCUCAGCUCAAAGACCAGACCAUCACAGAGUUUGAGGAUGCAGAGUUCACCUGCAAGUUGUCCAAGGAGAAGGCAGCUGUCAAGUGGUACAGAAAUGGACGUGAGAUCAGAGAAGGGACAAGAUACCACAAGGAGAGAGAUGGCAAAACAUGCAAACUGAUAAUCAAGCAGUGCCGACCGGAUGAUGAGUGUGAAUACGCUUGUGGCUUGGAUGAAAGGAGAUCCAGAGCAAGGCUCUUUGUUGAAGAAACCCCAGUCGAGAUCAUCAGACCCCCCCAAGAUGUGUUCGAGCCCCCAGGGUCAGACGUUGUGUUUGAGGUGGAGCUCAAUAAGGACAGAGUGGAAGUCAAGUGGAUGAGAAACAAUAUGAUCAUUGUCCAAGGAGAUAAGUACCAGAUGAUCAGCGAGGGGAAGAUCCACCGCCUGCAGGUGUGUGAGAUCCGCCCUCGCGAUCAAGGAGAGUACAGGAUUGUGGCCAAGGAGAAAGACGCCCGGGCCAAGCUGGAGCUGGCAGCCGUGCCAAAGAUCAAGACCACAGAUCAGAACCUGGUUACCGAUGCCGGGAAGCCCUUCGUCAUGAGCGUUCCCUACGAUGCGUAUCCUCGCGCCGACGCAGAGUGGUUCCUUCAGGGUUCCUCUCUCCCAGUCCAGAACGUGGACACUACCACGGACAAGACUGAAUACCGUCUGAAGUGUCCAACCAAGGAAGAAAAGGGCAGGUACAAGGUGAUCAUUAAGAACAAGCAUGGAGAGGGAGAGGCUUUCAUCAACCUGGAUGUCAUAGACGUCCCUGGUCCUGUCAAGGCACUGAAGGUGACUGACACCACUGACGGUGAGGUGAGUCUGGCCUGGGAGGAGCCAGAGAGCGACGGCGGAAGCAAGAUUGUUGCUUACGUGGUGGAGAGACGAGACAUGAAGCGUAAGACCUGGACCCUGGCAACAGACCGUGCAGAUACUCCAGAGUACUGUGUGAGCGGUCUGCAGAAGGACUCAUGGUACCUGUUCAGAGUCUGCGCUCGCAAUCGAGUGGGCAGCGGGCCCAGCGUCAGCACAGAUGAUGCUGUUCAGGCCAAGAAUAAGUUUGAUGUGCCUGGUGCUCCUGAGAAUGUCAGGGUCAGUGUGGUCAACAGGUUUGGAGCCACCAUCACUUGGGAGCCUCCCAUGUCUGAUGGAGGCUCUGACAUCACUGCCUACAUCAUAGAACUGCGCGAUAGGACCUCCGUCAAGUGGGAGGUGGCCACUAUUUGUAGUGUGUCUGACCGCUCUGCCGCCCUGAACGACGUGGUGGAGAAUAAAGAGUACAUCUUCAGAGUCCGAGCUGAAAACAAGGCUGGGAUGGGCAGACCCAGCGCCGCGACCAAACCUGUCAAGAUCAUGGAUCCCAUCGAGAGGCCAAGUCCUCCUCUGAACCUGAACUACAGUGAGCAGACCAAGGCUGGAGUGUCCCUCUCCUGGGAGACCCCCACUAGUAAUGGAGGCAGCAUGAUCACCGGCUACAUCAUCCAGAAGUGUGAUGAAGGAUCAGACAAGUGGCUCCGCUGCAACACCAGGCUCUGCCAGGACCUCUCCUACCGGGUGACUGGUCUGAAGCCUGCUCAGAAGUACCUCUACAGAGUUUUUGCUGAGAAUGCUGCUGGAAUCUCUGAUCCCACCGAGCAACUGGGACCCCUUCUGGCUGAUGACACUCACGUGGCUCCUACCUUCGACCUGAGUGCCUUCAGGAAUGGACUGGAGGUGAUAGUUCCUCAGCCUCUCACCAUCCGCGUGCCAAUCACCGGAUACCCCACCCCGACUGCAAAGUGGACCUUUGGAGACAAGGAGCUGACUUCUACAGAUGAACGAGUUACCAUGGUGACCAAGUCGACCUACACAGAGCUGGUGGUGACCCCUAGUUUGCGUCCAGAUCAGGGCACCUACUCCCUGGCAUUGGAGAACGAUGUCAUCUCCGUCUCUGGGGAGAUUGAAGUGACCGUCAUCGCCUCCCCCAGCGCCCCCAAGGACCUGAAGGUAGCUGAGGUGACCAGGCGCCACGUCCACCUCAUGUGGGAAGCCCCCGACCACGACGGAGGAAGCCCAGUCACCCACUACCAGAUUGAGAAGAGGGAGGUGUCCCGCAAGACCUGGGUCAAGGUGGCCGUGAACGUUCUGGACCUGGAGCACACGGUGACCGACGUGAUGGAGGGUAAGGAGUACUUGUUCAGCGUUACAGCCUGCAACAAGUGUGGUCCAGGAGAACCAGCCUACAUCGAUGAGCCGAUCAACAUCUCCUCUCCUGCCACUGUGCCUGACGCCCCGGAAAACCUGAAGUGGAGAGAUAAGGGUGCCAAGACCAUCUUCCUGUUUUGGGAGCCCCCCAAGUACGAUGGGGGCUCGUACAUCAAGGGCUAUGUGGUGGAGAAGUGCCAGCGAGGGUCGGACAAGUGGGAGCCCUGCGGAGAGCCCAUUCCUGAGCUCAAGUUCCUGGUGAAGGGUCUGAUUGAGGGCCAGUGGUACUCCUACCGUAUCAAGGCCUUCAACAAGCUGGGAGCAGGGAAGCCCUGUAGGGCCACCGACGAGAUCCAGGCUGUGGACGCUAAAGAGCCUCCAGUGAUCCAGCUGGACGUGAAGCUGCUGGCAGGCCUGACUGCCAGAGCCGGCACCAAGUUUGAACUCCCUGCCGAUGUUACGGGGAAGCCGGACCCCAGGGUGAAGUGGACCAAGGCUGACCUGGUGCUGAAGACCAACGAGCGCAUCGCCAUAGACACCAAGCCUGGACACUCCAAGCUGUCCAUAGACAAGAGCACCAGAGGAGACACGGCGACCUACAUCAUCGAGGCCGUCAACACUUGUGGACGCGCCACCGCCACUAUCGACGUCAACAUCCUCGAUAAGCCUGGUCCUCCCGCUGCCUUUGACCUCUCUGAGAUCACCAACGAGUCCUGCUUCCUGGCCUGGAACCCCCCGAGAGACGACGGAGGUUCCAACGUCACCAACUACAUUGUAGAGAGACGACAGACAGACAAGGAGGAAUGGGUCAAGCUAUCAGCCACAGUCAAGCAAACCACCUUCAGUGCUUGUAAACUGACCCCUCUGAAGGAAUACAUCUUUAGAGUGAGCGCUGAGAACCAGUACGGAAUCAGCCAGCCUGCCGAGCAUGUCCCCAUCGUGGCCAAGUACUCCUUCGAUCCGCCUGGUUGCCCAACCAGAGUCACUCCUUCAGACAUCACUAAGGAUGCAGUCACUCUCACAUGGUUUGAGCCUGACGAGGAUGGUGGCAGCCCCAUCACUGGAUACUGGAUCGAAAAGUUUGACCGAGAGAGUGACAAGUGGAUUCGAUGCAACAAACUCCCUGUUAAGGAUGCUACAUUUAGGGUGAAGGGCCUGCCGACCAAGAAGAAGUAUAGCUUCCGCGUUUUGGCUGAGAACUUGGCUGGACCCGGUAAACCCAGCGUGGAAACAGAUCCCAUCCUCAUCAAGGAUCCAAUUGACGCUCCAUGGGCUCCAGGCAAGCCACUCGUGAAAGAUAUCGGCAAGACCACGGCCAACCUGCUGUGGACCCGGCCGGAGCACGACGGCGGUGCCAAGAUCGAGGGCUACAUCAUUGAAUUCCAAAAGGCAGGAAGUGAGGAAUGGGUCCGUAUCGCAGAGGACAUUCCUGUGACGGAGCACCUGCUCAAAGGUCUGAUGGAGAGGCAGGAGUACUGUUUCCGGGUCAAGGCCGUCAACAAGGCCGGAGAGAGUGAACCCAGCGAGCCCAGCGACCUUGUGCUCUGCAAGGAGAGACUCUAUCCCCCGUCGGCUCCUCAGUGGCUGGAGGUGACAAACAUCACCAAGGUCAGUGCUGACCUCAAAUGGCAGUUGCCCAGCAGCGACGGAGGCUCCCCCAUCACCAACUACGUGGUGGAGAAGAGGGACGUGAGGAGGAAGGGCUGGCAGGCGGUGGACACCACGGUGAAGGAGCUCAAGUACUGUGUGACUCCCCUCAAUGAAGGCACCCUGUAUGUGUUCAGAGUGGCUGCUGAGAACGCCUGUGGGAUGGGGGAGUUCUGUGAGCUGGAGGAUGCGGUGCUCGCCAAGGACACGUUCACCACUCCUGGGCCACCGUACGCGCUGACGGUGGUGGAGGUUACCAAGAGACACGUGGAGCUGAAAUGGGAAGCCCCCAAAAGCAAUGGUGGAAGACCCAUUACCAAGUAUGUGAUUGAGAAGAAGGAGAAACUGGGCAGCCGCUGGCUGAAGUGCUGUAAGACUCCUGACAAGCAGAGCCAGUACAAAGUGACUGAUGUGGACGAGGGGACCGAGGUCCAGUUCCAGGUGCGAGCGGAGAACAAGGCUGGCGUCGGAGAUCCCAGUGAGCCCACUGAGAUCUUCACCAUCGAAGACCCAACCAGCCCUCCGUCUCCUCCCCAGCAGGUGGCCAUCCCCGACGCCAGCAGGCUGCACAUCAACGUGACGUGGAAGCCUCCUACUAAGGACGGAGGCUGCCCCAUCACCGGCUACCACGUGGAGGUGGCAGAGGCCCGCCCAGAGCUUAAGUGGCUCCGGGUCAACACCCGACCAAUCAAGGAGCUCCAGUUCCGCGUUGAUGACGGAAUCAAACCAGAGAAGAAGUAUGUCAUCAGGGUGCGCGCCAUCAACUCCAUCGGUGUCAGUGAUCCCUCAGAGAUAACCGACAAGAUCUUCACCAAGGAUCCUGACUGCGCCCCGACCCUGAAGCUUGACGGAAAAGACAUAGUGGUGGUUGAGGGGGAGAAGCUCCACCUCAACAUCCCCUACACCGCCAUCCCCACACCCAGCAUGGUGUGGCAGAAGGACAAGGUGGAGUGUAAGGCAGACGACAAGACCUCCAUGACCAUAGAGAUGAGCAAUGCUCACCUGGAGAAGCUGAGGUGUUCCCACGGCGACGCCGGAGAGUAUACCAUCACCCUGAAGAAUAGUCUGGGAAUCGUCAGCGAGACCGUCAACGUCAAAGUCAUUGGUCUUCCUGGUCAGUGUAAGGACAUCAGCUCCAGUGAUGUCACAAAGAACUCCUGCAAAAUGAGCUGGAAAGCCCCCGAGAACAACGGGGGCACACCCAUCGUCAGCUACACCCUGGAGCGCCGUGAGUCCUCCAAGAAGACCUAUGUUCCGGUCCUGUCAGGGGAGGACCUCCUCUCCUGCUCCGUCAAGGACCUCUACGUCAACUGUCAGUACCACUUUCGGGUCAAGGCGCACAACAAGGUGGGGGCUGGAGAGUACCUCGAGCUGCGCAGCCCAGUGAUCAUUGAGGAGAUCAAGCAGAAACCAGACCCACCCAUCCAGGUAGCGGGCCAGGACCCCACCUCCAAGUCCAUCACGGUCACCUGGAAGGCCCCAGACUACGACGGUGGCUGCGCCAUCCAGGGCUACAUCCUGGAGAAGAUGUUAAAGGACGGGGAUCGCUACGAGAGGAUCAUUCCCAGCCUGGUCCAUGGUCUCUCCUACGUGGUGAAGGAGCUCCAGGAGGACAUGGAGUACCAGUUCAGAGUCCGCGCCGAGAACGCCGCUGGAGUCAGCGAGCCAUCUCGCAGCACACCACUCAUCAAGGCUGCUGACCCCGUGGAGAAACCAAAGGUCACCCUUCACGCCCGCGUGCAGUCCGGCGUGUGCGUCAAAAAGGGCCAGGAGGUCCGCAUCGACGCCUACAUCUCCGGAUGCCCCUACCCUAAGAUCAGCUGGCUGAGGAACGACGAGAACGUCACCAAUGAACCUACCAAGAAAACUGCUCCAAUCAUCAAGAAGAAGAGCAGAGCCAAGGUUCCAGAGCCUGUUGAGGAGUCUGUGACCCCGAUGAGGGAGCGUCUGGGUCUGGAAGCCACCCAGAAGGGCCAGGCGGCCCUGAUGAUCCGAGACACCGUCCGGGCCGACCAUGGGGUCUUCACAGUCCAGGUGGAGAACCAGCAUGGAGCUGCCACAGCCACCUGUGUGGUCAACAUCCUCGACAAGCCUGCUGCUCCCAUCAACUUCACAUUCGAUGAGAUCAGGAACACCUCGUUGGUGUGCCAGUGGAAGGCUCCCGAGGAUGACGGAGGCAGCGAGAUCCUUAACUACAUCCUGGAGAAGAAGGACAACAAGAACGAGGAGGUGGGCUGGAUCACCAUCACCUCCACACUGAAGGGCACCAGCUACCCUGUCACCAAGCUCAUUGAAGGGAAGGAGUACAUCUUCAGAGUCUCGGCGGAGAACAGGUUUGGCUGCGGACCCACCUGUGUUUCGGAGCCAGCGGUGGCCAAGAACCAGUUUGACCCCCCAGACGCCCCCAACACCCCAAGGGUGCAUGAGGUGACAGCCAGCAGCGCCCGUAUCUCCUGGCAUGAGCCCAAAGACAACGGCAGCCCCAUCCUGGGCUACUGGAUCGAGAGGAAGGAGGUGAACAGCAAGCACUGGACCAGGGUGAACCGCGUCCUUCUCAACUCCCUGGAAGUGAAGGUGAUCGGCCUGAUGGAGGGCCUCACCUACAUCUUCAGGGUGUGUGCUGAGAACCUGGCCGGCCCCGGGCCCUUCAGUGAGCCCUCCGAUCGCACCGUGGCCAUGGACGCCAUCUUGCCCCCUGGCCCCCCCAUCCCCUGGGUGGUGGACACUGGGAAGGAUUGUGUGAUGAUCGCCUGGAAGCCCCCUCUCUACAACGGUGGAGGAGACAUCCUGGGCUACCAUGUGGAGAAGGUGGUGGCUGGGGAGAAGGAGUGGAGUCGCUCCACGGAGUUCAGGUGCAAGGAGCUGAGCUACACAGUGAGUGGUCUGACUGAGGGAACCGACUACUACAUCAGAGUCCUCGCUGUCAACGACGCAGGUCCCGGAGCCCCUGGAGUCACCGAGCCAGUGACCGUCAAGGAGCCACAAGAGGCCCCGGCGGUAGACUUCGAUGUCUCGGUGAAGAACGGAGUGAUGAUCAGGGCGGGGGAGGCCCUGCGGCUGCCUGCCAUGGUCAGCGGGCGCCCGCAGCCAGAUGUGAAGUGGAGCAAGGACACGGUGGAGGUGGACAAGGAGAGGGCCCUGGUGGAGACAGAGGGAAGGAACAGUGUGCUCUUCAUCAGGAAGGUGGUGAGGGCCGACCACGGAAAAUACCAGGUCACCGGUACCAACAGUAGUGGAACUAAGUCUGCUGAGACCCGGGUGGACGUCAUGGAUGUCCCUGGGCCGGUUGUGGACCUGAAAACGGUGGUGGUGACUAAGAAGAACAUCACCCUGACCUGGGCUGACCCCCUGGACAAUGGAGGAAGUGACAUCAUGGGUUAUGAAGUUCUAAGGAAGGACGCCAAGAUGAAGCUGUUCCGCCAGCCGGUGGAGACGGCGGCCUGUAAGUGUGACAUCCAGGACCUGCUGGUGGGCGAGGAGUACGACUUCAGAGUCAUCGCAAGGAACAAGUAUGGAGACGGAGCCCCUGCAGACCUGGGCCCCAUCCUCGCUGUGGAUCCCAAAGGAACCCCCUCGGCUCCAGAGAAGCUGCACUACAGCGACAAGGGGAAGAACAGCAUCAGUCUGGUCUGGCAGCUCCCCCGUACGGACGGAGGGAGCCCCAUCCUUGGCUACUAUGUGGAGAAGAUGAGGUCGGACAGCAACGAGUUCGAUGUGGCAGGACGCAUGUUCCCAGGGUGCUGUGGAACCCUUGAGAACCUGUCGGAGAACCAGGAGUACCAGUUCCGAGUCUUUGCCGUGAAUGAGGUUGGAAACGGCGAGACGUCCAAGCCCUUCUCAGCCAAGAUCCAGGACGAUGAACUUCCUCCUGUCAUUAGCAUUAUGAAGUACUUCAAGAGCAACACCAUCACUGUGAAGAAGGGUGCCGUCGUGGACAUCCCAGCUCAGGUCAGGGGCCUUCCCCUCCCAACCCUCCAAUGGAUGAAGGAUGAUGUGGUGAUUGACAAGCCCGACCCGGAGAAGAUGACCAUAGACACAGAGGAAGUGAACAGGACCACCCUGCAGACUAAGAUCGCUCUCCUUGAGAGCAUCAGAAAGGACAAGGGCAACUACACGCUGAUGGCUGAGAAUUGCUACGGGAAAGCCCAGCAUAUGAUCCGGGUGGAGGUCUUGGAUCGCCCGAUGCCUCCCAGAAAUGUUGUGGCGUCAGACAUCAAGUCAGAGUCCUGCUACCUAACCUGGGAUGCGCCUGAGGACAACGGAGGAAGUGACAUAACUAAUUACAUUGUGGAAAGGAGAGAUGCCAGCAAGAAGAAGUCAGACUUUGAGGUUCUGACCAUCAACCUGAUCGACAGGAGAUACGGGGUGUACAAGCUGUUCAUAAAUGGAGCCUACCAGUUCAGAAUCAAGGCAGAGAACAAGUUUGGUGUGAGCGACGGCUGUGACUCUGAGAAGGUCCUGCUCCGGGAUCCAUUUGGACUUCCUGGUCCUCCACGCAACCCCAAGAUCAUCUCGGCCACAGGUUCCACCAUGACCCUGACCUGGGAGCCUCCCCUGGACAACGGAGGAUCUAGCAUACAGGGCUACUGGCUGGAGAAGAGAGAGCGAGGAGCCGUGUACUGGGGCAAGGUGAACCGGGCUCCGGUCACCAAGCCUGCGGUGAAGGCCCUACAGUACACCGUGCUGAGGCUGAUCGAAGGAACAGAGUACCAAUUCAGGAUUUCUGCUUGUAACGCAGCCGGCGUAGGACCGCACAGCGAGUACAGCGAGUGCCGCUUUGCAAUGGACCCCUGCAAUCCCCCCAGCGCCCCUGGUUGUCCUGUAGUGAAGGACAAGACCAAGAGCAGCGUCACUCUUGCCUGGACCCCGCCAGACAAAGACGGCGGCAGCCCCAUCAAGGGCUACAUCAUCGAGGUCCAUGAAGAUGGCUCUCCAGACUGGAGGAGGGUCAACCCUGCUGACAAGCUCCACUCCUCCACUGAGAUCACAGUCCCUGACCUGAAGGAGAGCAAGAAGUGCCGUUUCAGGGUCUACGCCGUAAACGCUGCUGGCAACUCUGAGCCAAGCGCCAAGACCGCCGACAUUCUGGUCCAGGACAUCCUGAUUGAGCCCAUCCUCAGUCUGGAUGUGAGUGCCCACGAUCUGCUGACAUGCAGGGCAGGAAACAGCAUCAAUAUCCCAGUCUCCAUCAGUGGAAGACCAGUUCCCAAGAUUACCUGGUCCUUCGAUGGACCUGCAGAGACGGAGAAGAAGAAUGAACUGCAUACGCUGCCCAUUGAUUCUGAGGUGGUGUCUACAGACACCUGCUCACUGCUGAUGAUCGCAGACAGCAAGCUGAACCACACUGGCCGUUACAUCCUCAAUGCUGAGAGCCCUGCUGGGCACAAGGUCCUCAAAGUCAGAGUCAACGUUCUCGACCUACCCGGAGCUCCUCAGGACCUGAAGGUCAGUGAUGUGACUCGAGGAACCUGCAGGCUGACCUGGAAGCCCCCACAAAGUGACGGAGGAGAGCGGGUUAAGAGUUACUUCAUCGAGAGGAAGACUGUUCUGGGCAAAGCCUGGACCAAGGUGAACCCAUCUUGUUCAGCCCAAUCUCUGGUGGUGGCUGACCUGAUCAAUGGUCAGGAGUAUCUGUUCCGUGUCCGGGCAGAAAACCGCUUUGGAUUCGGACCAUAUGCCGAGACCGUAGACGGCUCCAUGGCCAGAGAUCCCAUCCAUCCUCCAGACCCCCCAACAAGGCUGAAGAUCCAGGCGGUGAAGAAGGACACCAUCACCCUGACCUGGAAGGCCCCCAAGAACGACGGCGGUUCCCCCGUCACCCACUACAACAUGGACCUGCUCUGCUGGGAUUCCAGCGGCACCCAGAAGGAGUCUUGGAGAAGGUGCAACAGGCGAGACAUCGAGACCACCUCCUACAAGGUGGAGGACCUGACGGAGAGAGAUGAGUACGAGUUCAGAGUGACGGCGUACAACGACGCUGGAGCCAGCCGGCCAUCGACCACCGCGGGUCCCAUCCUACUGCAGGACCAGACCUGCGCUCCAUCCAUCGAGCUGAAGGAGUUCUUUGAGGUUGAGCAAGGAUCAGACAUCAACGUCAGGGCCACCAUCCAUGGCUGUCCCUUCCCCACCCUCACCUGGUUCAAGGCCCCUCCCCACAAGCCAGAGGACAAGUCGGAGGUCCAAUAUGACGAACACAUCAACAAGAUGGUUGCCGACGACAACUGCACGCUGCUGAUCCAGCAGGGCAAGAGACCAGACACCGGCCUCUACACUCUUGUUGCUUCCAACAGCAUGGGCAAGGCCUCCAAAGAGAUGAGACUCAAUGUCCUCGGCCGCCCCGGGGCUCCCUCUGCCCCCAUCAAGUUUGAGGAGAUCAGAGAAGACAAGAUCACACUGUCCUGGCUGCCUCCUAAAGACGACGGCGGCUCCAAGGUGACCAACUACGUGAUCUGGAGGCGUGUGGCAAACAGGAAGACCUGGGUGCAGGUGACCAGUGAGCCCAAGGAGCGGCUGUGGACGGUGGAGGGCCUGAUGAAGGGCCACGAGUAUGUGUUCCGUGUCAUGGCUCAGAACAAGUAUGGGGUUGGAGAUCCUCUGGACAGUGAGCCGGAGGUGGCCAGGAACAUCUGCACUCCACCCGGUCAAUGUGAGAAACCCAAAGUGUCCAACAUCAGCAUGGACUCCAUGACGUUGAGCUGGGAGGAGCCAGAGGACGAUGGUGGCACGCCCAUCACCGGCUACUGGCUGGAGCGCAAGGAGACGGCCUCCAAGCGCUGGGCCCGCGUGACCCGGGACCCCCUCCGGCCCAUGGCGCUGGGAGAGUCCCACGCGGUGACAGGACUGAUCGAGGGGUCCCAGUACCUCUUCAGAGUUAUCGCUAUCAACGCGGCCGGGCCUGGCCUGCCCAGUCCCUCCACGGACCUGGCCUUCGCCAGAGACCCCAUCUCUCCUCCAACACCUCCGACCCCAAAGGUUUCGGACUGGAGCAAGUCCACCGUGGACCUGACGUGGAUUCCUCCUCUGAAGGACGGAGGCUCGAGGAUUAUGGGGUACUGGGUGGAGUACAAGGAGGAGGGCACGGAGGCCUGGGUGAAGGCCAAGGAGAAGGAGGUGAGAGGCACAAUGUUUGUCAUCACAGGUCUGAAGACCGGGGGACUGUACAGGUUCCGCGUGAUGGCCUUCAAUGCUGCUGGGAACAGUGAACCAGGAGAGGUCCCUGAGGCCCUGGAGGUGAAGGACAGAACCGUUGCUCCUGAGUUGGACCUGGAUGCAUCAGUGAAGGAGAGGAUGGUGGUCUACGCAGGUGGGGUGAUUCGGAUCAUCGCGUACGUCUCAGGCCAGCCUCCACCGGAGGUGACCUGGGGCCGGGACGGAGCAGCACUGCCAGCUGAAGCCACCGUGGAGACCACAGCCAUCAGCUCUUCUCUGGUCAUUAAACCCUGCACAAGGAGGCACCAGGGAGUCUACUCUCUCACUGCCAAGAAUGCUGCAGGGGAGAAGAGCAAGAACAUCACUGUUGAUGUGCUAGAUGUCCCUGGGUCCGUUGGCAUCCCCUUUACGGCUGAGAACCUGACCAGCGACUCGUGCAAGCUCAAUUGGUUCUUCCCUGAAGACGACGGUGGCUCUCCCAUCACCAACUACGUGAUCGAGAAGCGCGAGGAGGGCCGUAAGGCUUGGACUGCGGUGUCCACCAGUGUGGCGAGACACAGCGCUGUGGCCCAUGGCCUGAUGAUGGGGAAGGCUUACUUCUUCAGGGUGGCUGUAGAAAACGCCAUCGGUGUUGGACCCUUCGCUGAGACGCCCUGCGAGAUCAUCAUCAAAGAUCCAAUCACUGUCCCAGACCGUCCUGAGGAGCUGGAUGUCAGUGCUGUCACCAGGGACUACAUCAGCCUCACCUGGAAGGCACCCAAGUUUGACGGUGGCUCUGAGGUCAUCAUGUACAUCUUGGAGGCCCGCACCAUUGGUAAGGACAAGUUUGUCAGACUCACCAAGGAGAAGCUGAUGGAGAGGAGGUAUACAUAUGAUGGUCUGAGAGACGGAGACACAUACGAGUUCAGAGUCCUCGCUGUGAACGAGGUUGGCGCCAGCAAGCCAUCCUUCUGCACCAAGCCCAUCACCUGCAAAAAUGAACUAGAGCCUCCUACCAUCGAGGUGGACUUCAGGGCCUCAGUCGUCAUUCGCAUCGGAGAGAGCUGUCUGCUGCAGGGUCGAUACACUGGCAAACCCUCGCCAUCCAUUAUGUGGUACAGGGACGACCAGGAGCUUAAGGCCGACCAGCACGUCAUGUUCAAGAACACCCUGACCACCAUGUCCUUGGGGCUGAUGAAGGCCAAGAGGGAGCACAGUGGCCGCUACGUGGUAGUGGUGGAGAACAGCACCGGCUCCAGGAAGGGAGUCUGCAACAUCACCGUAGUCGACCGACCAUCUCCUCCGGUUGGACCAGUGGUGUUCGAAGAGGUACACAGAGAGUUCAUGGUGAUCUCCUGGAAGCCUCCUCUUGAUAAUGGAGGAGUUGACAUCUCCAACUACAUAAUUGAAAAGAGAGACACCAAUAGAGAUCUUUGGACUACAGUUACAUCAGCAUCUACAAAGACCAUCUGCAAGAUUCCCAAGCUGACAGAAGGCAGGGAGUACAUCAUGAGGAUCUCUGCUGAGAACAUGUACGGCAUCAGUGACCCGUUGGACUCAGAAGAAAUGAAGGCCAAGGACCUCUUCAGAGUUCCUGAAGCCCCAGAGAUGCCCUCAGUCAGAGAGGUAUACGGCACCAAUGCCCUGGUGUUGUGGACCCGGCCGCGUGAUGGAGGCAAGCCCAUUAUCAACUACAUUCUGGAGAAGAAGGAGCCGACCGCCAAGAGGUGGUCCAGAGCAACCAGGGACCCACUGUACCCCGCCACCCAGUACCGGGUGCAGGACCUUACAGAGGGCUGCCAGUACGAGUUCAGGGUCAUGGCUGAGAAUGAGCUGGGAACAGGCGACCCCAGUGUCCCAUCAAAACCCAUCCUUGCCAAAGACCCCAUCGUUCCUCCCAGUCCACCAGUCACCCCAGAGGCCUGCGACAAAACCAAAGACUCUGUCAGUCUCAAGUGGCAGAUGCCUCGUCAUGAUGGCAAGGGCAGGAUAUUUGGUUACUUGGUUGAAUACCAGAGGCCCGGUUCAGUGGAAUGGAGCCAGGCCAAUGAGAGUCCGGAGCAGUGCCCUGACCUGCACUACGUGGCCACUGGCCUUGAAGACGGACAGGACUAUACCUUCAGGAUCUACACCGUUAACGCUGCCGGCAAAUCUGAACCUGCUUACGUCAAGCAGAGCAUCAAGGUUCACGAUAGACUGGAGGAGCCAGAGCUGUUGCUUGAUGCUAACAUGUCUCGUGACCACCUGGCCAUGCUGGGAACUGACAUCACACUGAGUGCCACCAUCAGGGGUGUGCCCACUCCUACUGUCACCUGGAAGAAGAACGACGAAGAUACCCCAGCUCAUGCCACCAUCGUCACCACCGCGAGCAGCAGCAAGCUCUUCAUGCCCAAGUGUGUCCGCCCUGACUCAGGCAACUAUACCAUCACUGUGGAGAACACAGCUGGAAAGAAAUCUGCCACCGUGGCGGUGCUCGUACUGAACAAACCUUCCCCGCCAAGAGACCUGGUGUUGUCAGAGGUGACCAGCGAGUCAGCGUACCUGACCUGGAAGGCCCCUGAGGACAAUGGAGGAGCCGUGAUCUCCCACUACGUUGUGGAGAAGAGGGACGUGGCGGCAGAGCAGUGGGUUCCUGUGUCUGCAUCCAAUAAGAAGCCCAGCCUGAUGGCCAUGUACCUGAUGGAGGGAAUCCAGUACCUCUUCCGUGUGGCUGCCGAAAACCAGUUUGGCAGGAGCGACUACGUGGUGACCAAGACUCCCAUCAAGGCCGUUGAUCCACUCUAUCCCCCUGGGCCACCAAAGAACCUUCACCACACUGAUGCUGACAAAUCUGAGGUGUGGUUGGAAUGGGAGUGGCCUGACAGGACAGGAGGAAGUGACAUCACUGGAUUCAUCGUGGAGCACCAGGAAGACGGUCAAGCCGACUGGGUCGCGUUCAAGACAGUUCCCAACAACCACAGCCAUGUGACCGGGCUUGUGGAGGGCAAGACAUACCGCUUCAGGGUGAAGUCUCAGAACGCAAUCGGAGUCAGCCGUCCAGAUACCAGUGUUCCCGUCAUGUGCCAAGAGAAGACAUUGCCACCAACUAUUGAAGUUGACGUGAAGCUGAUUGAGGGUCUCGUGGUGAAGGCAGGAGCUACCGUUGUGCUGCCAGCUAAGAUGACUGGCAUCCCAACCCCCAAUGCCAAAUGGAUGAGUGAUGGCAAGGAAAUUAUGUCUGAAGGCCACCACAACAUAGAGUCUACUGGAUCCUCCUCUAUUCUCACCAUCCCAGAGAGCGUGAGAGGAGACACUGGAGAGUACCUCCUUAUGGUCUCCAACCCAGCAGGGAGCAAGACGGCAGCCCUGCACGUCACGGUCCUGGAUGUGCCCAGUGCCCCCAUAGGACCGGUCAACAUCCUGGAGGUCACGCCUGACUUCAUGAUGAUCCAGUGGAGGGCGCCAAAAGACGAUGGAGGCACCUCGGUCACCAACUAUGUGGUGGAGAAGAAGGAUGUGAAGAAGCCCUGGGAGCCCUGGUCAGUGGUCAGCUCCAGUGGCACCAGCACCAAGGCCAAAGUGUCCAGGUUGGAAAAGGGUCGUGAAUACAUUGUCCGCAUCCGGGCAGAGAACAAAAUUGGCAUCGGAGCUGGGCUGGAGAGUCCUCCCACUAUUGCCAAGCAUAUGUUCGACCCUCCCAGCCCCCCUGGCCUGCCGGAGUGCUCUGAUAUCACAGAGAACGCUGUGACAGUGGAGUGGGCUCUGCCUGAGAAUGACGGCGGUAGCCCCAUCAGUGGAUAUGUGAUUGAAAGGCGAGAGAUGACCGGCAAAUGGAUCCGUGUGAACAAGACUCCUGUCCUGGAUCUCAGAUAUAGAGUCUCAGGCCUAUUUGAGGGAAAUAGCUAUGAAUUCAGAGUGUUUGCAGAAAACGUUGCUGGAAUCAGUGGACCUUCCCCUAUUUCUGACCCCGUAAAGGCCACCCGUGCCCUGACCAAACCUGGACCACCUGGAAGUCCCAAACUCAAGGACUGGAGCAAAUCAUAUGCAGACCUCUGCUGGAUAAAGCCAACCAGAGAUGGAGGCAGCCCCAUCCUAGGCUAUUCGGUUGAAGCCCAGAAAUCAGGCAGUGCACAAUGGGAUAAAAUUAACAAAGACAACAUUAAGAUCUGUGCCUUCAGAGUUCAAGGUCUUAUUGAGGGAAUGGAGUAUAGGUUCCGCAUCAGAGCCAUCAAUAAGAUUGGAGAAAGUGAACCUAGGGAGCUCUCUGAGACGGUUCUGGCCAAAGAUAUCUUGGUGCCCCCAGAAGUUGUGGUGGAUGCAUCAUGCCGUGAUUCCCUCACGGUCAGGGCAGGACAGAGCAUCAGCCUGAUCGCCAGGGUGAAGGGCCGACCUGAUCCUGAGAUUACAUGGACCAAAGACGCCAGAGCUGUGGGCAGAGACAGACGCACUGAAAUCAACAAUAACUACCCACUAUGUGAGCUUGUCAUCUCUAAUGCUGUAAGGGAAGACUAUGGUAAAUAUGCUAUUUCUGCCAAGAACAGCAGUGGACUGGCCCAGGCUACCAUCAUUGUCAACGUUUUGGAUGUUCCAGGGCCUUGCCAGAACCUUAAGGUGGCAUAUGUGACCAAGAACUCCUGUAUGGUGUCGUGGGAGAACCCAGAAGAUUAUGGAGGUACUGAGAUCACUCAGUACACCAUUGAGUGUCGCCAGCCCAGCCAGAGAGGAUGGACCGUAAUCUCCAAUGACUUCACCAAACGUCAGAUGAAGGCUCCUCUUACUGAGGGAUGUGAGUACUUCUUCCGGGUCAGUGCACAGAAUAAAAUCGGUUCUGGUCCUUCCAUUGAGUCCAAGACCGCUGUACUGGCAGUGGAUCCCAUUGAGAAGCCCGGGGAACCCAUUGACUUCCAAAUCUCGGAAAUUGGCAAGACCUUCUGCUUCCUUAAGUGGAAGAAGCCAGAGUAUGAUGGCGGUAGUCGGAAUAUAGGUUACCAUGUGGAGAAGAAGCCCAAAGAAGCUGAGGAGUGGGAGAGGCUACACAAGGGAGCCAUCAAGGAGACCUACUUCAUGGCUGACCGAUGCAUUGAGAACCAGAUCUAUCAGUUCAGGGUCCAGACCAAAAAUGAAGGUGGAGAAAGUAACUGGGUGACCACAGAUGAUGUUUUGGUGAAGGAACAGUUGGUGGAGCCAGGAAUCAAGAUUAAACUGGAUGCGACUCUGGUUGUCAGGGCUGGAGACUGUAUCGCUAUUGAGGCAACUAUCAAGGGCAAGCCACAGUGUGACGUCAAAUGGACCAAGGACGAGAGCACCAAGGAAAUCAGGAAGGGUCUCAGGCAUCAGUUGGAAUCUGGUGCCGACUUAUCCAAGCUGCUUGUCACUGGAGCCAGGCGCACGGACAGUGGCAAAUACAUUGUAACGGCCUCCAACAUCGCUGGAACCUGCUCUGCUGAUGCUAAGGUCAAUGUCCUGGACAGACCUGGGCCCAUCAACAACCUCAAGAUCUCAGGCAUCACAAAUGACAGGUGCCAACUGGACUGGGAGGUUCCUGAAGAUGAUGGUGGCUGUGAGAUCUACAACUACAUCAUUGAGAAGUGUGAGACCAAGAGAGGAGUCUGGUCUGUCCAUUCUAACGCAGUAAUCACCAACAAGGCUAGAGUUACCCGCCUCAUUGAGGGAAAUGAGUACACCUUCAGAGUGCGGGCAGAGAACAAGAUGGGCCCCGGCCCAGCAGUUCAGAGCGACACCAUCGUAUCUGGUACACAGUUCAACGUCCCUGGGGCUCCUGAUACACCUGAAGUUACCAAAAUCGUCAAGGAAGAGAUGAUUGUACAGUGGUCUGAGCCAGAGAGAGACGGGGGCAAGUCCAUCAUAGGAUACCUGUUAGAGAAGAAGGAGGAGCAUGCAGUCAGAUGGUCUCCUGUUAACAAGGAGGCCAUCCCUGCAACUCGUCUGACUGUGACUGGACUCCUGCCUCUCCAUGAGUAUCAGUAUAGAGUCAAAGCUGUGAACGAAAUCGGGGUUGGCGCUGCCAGCAAGCCUUCAGUGGCCAUCACUGCUAGAGACUCAAUUGAACCCCCCGCACCGCCAACCAACCUGAAGGUCCUGGACAGCACCAAGUCCUCCAUCUCCCUGGGCUGGACCAAGCCUGUCUCGACCGGCGGUGUGCCCCUCAUCGGCUACGUGGUGGAGAUCAGGGUGAAGGGAACCGCCAAGAAGGAUGAGGGCUGGAAGAGGUGCAACGUGGCUGCCCAGCUGGUGGUGUGUCACUUCACCGUCAGUAGUCUUGAAAAGAAACUGGAGUAUGAGUUUCGAGUGUCCGCCCAGAACCAGGUGGGAAUGAGCCUGCCCUGCAACCUUGAAGGAGCUGUGAUGCCCAGAGAGAUCCUAGAGUCUCCAGAUAUUGACCUGGAUGCCAAUCUGAAGCAGGGUCUGACUGUGAGGGCUGGGUGUCCCAUCAGACUCUGUGCUACCAUCAGAGGUAGACCUCCUCCCACCGUGACCUGGAGACGUAUGGGUAUCGACAACGUGGUGAGGAAGGGUCAUGUAGACAUCAUCGACACCAUGACCUUCCUGGUAAUCCCUGACAGCACCCGUGACGACUCCGGCAAAUACUGCCUGACCCUGCAGAAUGCUGCUGGGGAGAAGGCUGUGUUUGUCAAUGUCAAGGUUCUUGACACCCCAGGGCCUGUGGUGAACAUCGAGGCUACAGACAUCCGACAGACCUCUGCCAAUCUGUCAUGGAGUCCACCGGAGGUAGACGGUGGUAGUGAGGUCACACACUACAUCAUUGAGAAGCGCGCCAUUGAUCGCAAAACGUGGGCCGUUGUGAAGGGAGAAGUUGAGAUAGACAAGAUUCCCUUCAAGGUGGGCGGUCUGACGACUGGCACGGAUUACUACUUCAGAGUCACAGCAGUCAACCAGUAUGGGCCCGGAGUACCAAAGGUCUCCUCUACCUCCUACCUGGCCUCCGACCCUACCAGUAAGCCCGACCCUUGUGAGAAGAUUGAGGUCUUGGAGAUCACCAAGAACAGUGCUACAGUGGGCUGGGUGAAGCCCAUGAGGGAUGGAGGUGUUAAAAUCGACGGUUACGUUAUUGAAUACAUCGAGGUCAAACCUCCCCCACCCCCACCUGCACCUGUGGAGGUUCCAGAGGGAGAGGAACCUCCUCCUCCUGCCCCAGAGCCGUUGGUGGAGUCAGAUGAGGAUGAGGAUGAGGAGAAGGAGAGGGAGGUUUGGAACGCCUACACCACCGUUAAGGGUCUCAGUGUCUCCGUCAGUGGCCUGAAGGAGGGCAAGAGAUACAAGUUCAGAGUGUCAGCCAAGAACAUCAUCGGCUGCAGCUCCUACACCGAGACCCGAGAGGCCUCUGAGAUCAAGGAACAGAUCCUGGAGCCCAAGAUUGUCAUGGCUGAGAUGGUGAGUGCCAAGGCGGGGGCCAAGCUGAGGAUCGAGGCGGUGGUUUCUGGUAAACCGAUGCCCAGCUGUAAGUGGAUGCGUGGGGAGAACGUGGUGGUGCCGUCCAGCCGCCUGGCAGUCCACAAGUCUGCCAACUUGUGUGUCCUCAUCAUCAAGGAUGUGUCCAGGACGGACAGCGGAGAGUAUAGCCUGUCAGCGGAGAAUAGCUGUGGCAAAGUCGAGGAGGCCCUCAAGAUCAUCAUAAGAGAUAUCCCUGGGGCUCCAGAGGGUCCGGUGGAGAUCAGUGACAUCGACUCUGAUGCCUGUUCUCUGUCCUGGAACAAACCCCUGGAGGACGGAGGCAGCCCCAUUACCAACUACGUGGUGGAGAAGUGUGACGUGACCCGGGGAGACUGGGUGAACGCCGUCUCUUCUUGUGGGAAGACCGGUUGCAGGCUGGGCAAGCUGAUCCCAGGGAAGGAGUAUGCCUUCCGCAUCCGGGCAGAGAACCGCUUCGGCAUCUCUGAUCCAAUCCAGUCCGACCGCAUGGUGGCCAAGUUCCCCUUCCAGAUUCCAGAUGAGCCCCUUAACUGCCACAUCAACAAGACAAACAAGGACUGCAUGUUUGUGGCCUGGGAGAAACCAGAGAGCGACGGCGGCAGCCCCAUCACCGGCUACUACAUCGAGAGGAAGGAGAGGAACAGCCUGCUCUGGGUCAAGGCCAACGACACAGUGGUCCGCACCACAGAGUACCCGUGUGCCGGCCUCAUCGAGGGCCUUGAGUACACCUUCAGGGUGUCCGCCAUCAACCGAGCUGGCCAGGGCAAGCCCAGCAAGAAGACCGACUUCAUCACCGCCAGGACCCCCAUCGACACACCAGGCAAACCAGACAUUCUGGAUGUGACCAAGAACUCUGUGAGUCUGGUGUGGAGCCGACCAAAGAACGACGGCGGCAGUAGGAUCGUUGGCUACUAUGUGGAGUACACCAGGGUGCCCGGGGAGGCCUGGCUGAGGAGCAACACCAGCAGCCAGAACGUUCCAAGGGAGGAAUACACAGUCCCCGGCCUGGAGAGAGACCUGACGUUCCAGUUCAGAGUCAUCGCCAAGACCGCCGUCAACAUCAGCAAACCCUCCGAGCCCUCAGAACCCGUUCUGGUCUGCACUGAGAACGUUCUACCAAGAGUGGAGCUCAAUGCUAAGAUGCAGAAGGGGCUCAUGGUGAAGGCUGGAGCCACGGUCCUGCUGGAGGCAGAGGUGUUUGGAAAACCUAUGCCCAAGGUGACCUGGAAGAGAGGAGACACCAGCCUCCGCUCAACAGAGGGCCUCACUAUCUCCAACCAGAGACAACAGUUCCAACUGGAAAUGACCAGUGUGACAAAGGAACACAGUGGAACCUACACCAUCACGGCACAGAACGCUAGUGGAUCCAAGACAGCAGAGGUCAUCGUCAAGGUUUUAGAUGUGCCUGGCCCUCCCACUAGUGUCCAGAUCUCUGAGGUGUUUGCAACCAGCGUGAUGGUGCUUUGGGAACCCCCACUGAAUGACGGGGGAGCCAUUGUCAGCCACUACAUUGUGGACAAGCGUGAGACCAACAGGGCCAACUGGGCGCAGGUCUCGGCCAAGAUCCAUGCCGACACCCAUGAGUGCAGCGUGCAGAAGCUGAUCGAGGGUCGUGAGUACCAGUACCGCGUUCGUGCCGAGAACAGCUGGGGAGUUGGAGAGGCCUUCAUCAGCAACCCUGUGGUCGCCAGAAAUCCCUUCACUGUGCCUGGCCCAUGCGAGGCUCCAGUCAUCACCAACGUGACCAAGGACCGCAUGACGGUCAGCUGGAAGGACCCCGCAGACGAUGGGAAGUCGACCAUCCUGGGCUACGUCCUCGAGAAGAAAGAGAGCAAGGAGAUGCAAUGGAUCAAGUUGAACCGGAAGCCUAUAAUUGAGCGUAUGCUGGAGGUAUCCGGCCUGUCAGAAGGAACAGAGUAUGACUUCAGAGUCAGUGCUCUCAACCUGGCAGGUCCAGGUACACCUAGUGAACCUUCUACCUCGACCUACGCCCUGGACCCCAUCAACCCUCCUGGCCCAGUAGUGAACCCCGGCGUGACAGACACCACCAACUGCACAAUUAGUCUGGCCUGGAGCGUCCCGGCCAGCAACGGAGGAAGUCCCGUGCUGGGUUACCUGGUGGAAUGCAAGAGGACCGACGCAACCGACUGGAUCCGCUGCAAUGUUCCCAAGAACCUGCAGGACACCAGCUACAUCAUCCAGAACCUCAUCGAUAAGUCUGAGUACCAGUGCCGCAUCACCGCCGUCAACAAGGUCGGCUUCAGUGAGCCCUGUGAGGUUCCAGGGAAGCACAUCGCCAAAGACAUCAUGGUUCCUCCAGAGGCAGUGUUGAGUGCAGAGCUGAAGGAGGUGCUAGAGCUGCGCGCCGGAGCCACCAUGAACCUCCAGGCCACCAUCAAGGGCCGUCCCACCCCCAGAAUCAUCUGGGCCAAGAUGAACUCCAACAUCAAGGACCGCCAGGGAAUCAUCAUGAAGUCCACAGCCACGGACACACUGGUUAAAGUGGAGAGCGUGAACCGUUACGACGCUGGAAAGUACAUCCUCAGCCUGGAGAGUGUGUGUGGCGUAAAGAUGUACACCAUUGUCGUCAAGGUCUUUGACACUCCAGGGCCACCCGUCAACCUGAUGGUGAAGGAACACUCCAAGGACAGCGCCUCCAUCCUCUGGGACGCUCCUUUGAUCACUGGAGGCUACGACAUCAAACACUACAUCGUUGAAAAGCGGGAUGCUGAAAGAAAAGCCUGGUCCAUCGUCUCCAACAACUGUGCUAAGACUUCCUUCAAGGUUCCCGAUCUGGAGGCCGGUAGAUCCUUCUGCUUCAGGGUCUCUGCCGUCAACGAGCUGGGCAUCGGAGAGGCCUGUGAGACUAUAGAUGGCGUCAGAGCUUCAGAGGAGCCUGGUCCUGUGAUGGAUUUCAAGACGCUGCUUGUUACCAAGGACUCCUGCACUCUGAGCUGGAAGAAGCCUCUCUCAGACGGAGGCAGCCGCAUUAUCUGCUACGUCCUGGAGGUUUUGAAUGGAGAUGAAAAGUACAAGGAGCUCAUGAGGUCCAAGAACAUGCAGUACAGUGCCAAGGACCUGAUUGUGGGCCACGAGUACAACUACCGGGUGAUGGCAGUCAACGACUCUGGAGAUAGUCCCGCCAAAGAGCUGGCCGUGAUCGCCAAGGACCAGAUCAUUCAUCCUACAUGUGACUUGCGUGAGCUCCCCAACAUGUGCUACAUCGCUAAGGAGGGUAGCAACGUGCGUCUGAAGAUCCCUAUCAUCGGCAAACCAACUCCUAAGGUAUCCUGGAAGAAGGGUGAUGAUGAGGACCUGACGGACACAGGCAGAGUGUCUGUGGAGUUCACAGCCGUAAACACCACCUUGCUGAUCAGGGACUGCCAGAGAUCUGAUGCUUCUAAGUACACCAUCACCCUGAGGAACAGCGCUGGGACAAGGGAGUCCACCAUUUUCAUCAGGGUCGUGGGUAAACCAGGUAUCCCGAUCCAGCCAGUGAAGUUCAAGGAUGUGACUGCUGAUGGCGCCACACUAAGGUGGGGUACUCCCAAGGAUGAUGGAGGGUCUGAGAUCACCAACUACAUCCUGGAGAAGAGAGACUCCAUCACCAACAUGUGGGUGACGGUGUCCUCCUUCGUGGACACCAACUCCUUGAGGGUCACCGGUCUUCAUGAAGGCACCGAGUACAUCUUCAGAGUUUGUGCAGAAAACAAGUAUGGCGUGGGAGAAGGACUCAAGUCUGAGCCUUUGGUUGCCAAGCAUCCAUUCAAUGUUCCUGACGCGCCUGCUCCACCUCAAAUGAUGAGCAUGCGCCACGACUCAGCCUACCUGGCGUGGUCUGACCCCCGCAAAACUGGUGGCUCUCCCAUAACUGGCUACCAUGUGGAGUCCAAGGAGAGGAACAGCAUGCUGUGGAGGAGAGCCAGCCAGGCAGCCAUCAGGAUGAAGGACCACAAGGUGACCGGUCUGACUGAAGGAAUGGAGUACGAGUUCAGAGUCAUGGCCAUCAACCUGGCUGGCAUCGGCAGACCAAGCCUUCCUACAGACCCCUAUGUUGCCCUGGAUCCCAUUGAUGCCCCUGGUCGUCCGGACGUCAUCAGCAUCACCCGGAGCUCCGUGACCCUUCAGUGGACCGAGCCCCAGUCCGACGGCGGCCACCGGCUCACCGGCUACAUUGUGGAGAGGAGGGACCUGCCCUCCAAGAUCUGGGUGAAGGCCAACAAUGUCAACGUGGUGGAGCCGGCCUUCACCGUGAAGGAGCUGCAGGAGGGAUGCAAGUACGAGUUCAGGAUCAGAGCCAAGAACUCCGCCGGAGCCCUGAGCCCCCCCUCUGAGCAGACGGACACCAUCGUCUGUGCAGACGAAUAUGAGGCACCAACCAUCAUCAUCGAGUCCCAGGUGAAGGAAGGCCUGACGGUUCGGGCUGGAGAAACCAUCAUCAUAACAGCCACGAGCAUCAUGGGAAAACCUGCUCCCACCUCAUGCUGGUCUCAGGGUGGAAAGAACUUCAAGCCAUCCGACAUUGUCCAGAUAGAAACGACCCCCACCUCCUCCACCCUGUCCAUCAAGUAUGCCAGCAGGAAGGACUCCGGAGAGUACAUCAUCGCUGCCAGUAACCCGUUCGGUGUGAAGGAGGAGAGUGUUAGUGUAAAGGUCCUUGAUGUACCCAGUGUGCCCGGGCCUAUUGAAGCCAGCGGCGUCUCCUCUGAGAAGAUCACCCUGACCUGGACAGCUCCCACUGAGGAUGGAGGCUCCCCCAUCAAGUACUAUAACUUGGAGAAGCGGGAGACAAGUCGCCUGCUCUGGACCAUCCUAAAGGAGCAGGUCAUCGACUGCCACUUUGUUGCCCGCAAGCUCAUCCAGGGCAACGAGUACAUCUUCAGAGUGUCUGCAGUCAACCAGUACGGCGCCAGCGAAGCCUCGCUUUCAGAAGCAGUCAAGAUGGUCGAUAAAUAUGGUCCCCCCGGCCCACCAGCUAAACCAGAGGUAGGAAACAUUCAAGGACAGUCGGUCACAGUGACAUGGAGGAGGCCAGCAGAUGAUGGAGGAAGUGAUAUCACAGGCUACUGUGUUGAGAAGAAGGAGAAGAAUAUGGUGCGCUGGGUCCGAGCCUCCCAGUGGUCCGUGGCUGAGCUGAGCUACGAGGUGAAGGGUCUGACCAAGGGCAUGGAGUACGAGUUCCGUGUUAGCGCUGAGAAUAAAGCCGGGUAUGGAGAACCCAGUGAACCAUCGAUGCCCGUCAUCACUAAGGUUGUUGCCUAUGUACCUGGACCUCCAGUCAACCCAAGAGUCACAGACACAACCAAGACCACUGCCACUCUAAACUGGGGCAAACCCCUUACCGACGGAGGUAUGGAGGUCACUGGAUACAUUAUUGAGCACAAGAAGGAAAGCACAGACGAUUGGGUAAAGGACAACCCCUCAUCGCCACUCAGAAUUACAGAGUUUGUUGUUGCCGGACUGGAAGUGGGAGUUAAAUACCACUUCAGAAUUAGUGCAGUGAAUGCAGAGGGAGUGGGAGAAGCUGCAGAGACUCAGGAGUUGGUGGAGAUUGUGGAGCGUGCAGCAGAGCCUGGCCUGGAGCUGGACAUUGAGCUGAGGAGAACCCUAGUGGUCAGGGCCGGCUGCUCCAUUCGCCUGUUUGUGCCAAUCAAAGGACGCCCUGCCCCCUCAGUCACCUGGACAAAGGAGGGAGGUCCUGUACCGCGUGCAGUCAUCGACAGCACGGAGUCGUUCACCAUGCUGCUCAUCCCCGACAGCACCAGGAUUGAUGCCGGAAAAUAUGAGCUCAACCUGGAGAACGAAGUUGGAACGAAGACCGCUGAUAUCAAUGUCAGAGUUCUGGACUCCCCUGGACCUCCGAUAAAUCUCAAGCCAAUCAAGAUUGAUAAAGAGAGCAUCACUAUUCAGUGGGAGAUGCCUCUUAUUGACGGUGGAGCCAAAAUCACCAACUACAUUGUUGAGAAGAGAGAGUCAACACGCAAGGCCUAUGCUACUUGUGUCACAAAAUGCCCGACCACCUCAGUUAAGAUUGAAGAUCUGGGAGAGGGAUGUGAGUACUACUUCAGAGUGCGUGCAGAGAACGAGUACGGUAUUGGUGAUUCGGUUGAAACUACUGAUCCAAUCCGGGCAUCCCAGGCCCCAACUCCUCCAGAGAGCAUUAUUCCUACUGACAUCACUAAAACCUCAGUCAGUCUGGCCUGGACGAAACCCAGACACGAUGGUGGAAGCAAAGUCACUGGAUACGUACUUGAGGCUCAGAAGAAGGGAACCGAUCAAUGGUCCCAUGUGAACACAGUGAAGACUUUGGAUUUCACCGUGAAGAACCUCAAUGAAAAUGAAGAGUAUAUCUUCCGUGUCAUGGCUGUCAAUCAUUCUGGCAGAAGUGCUCCCCGUGAGAGCAAGGCUAUUGCCAUCAAAGACUCCACCACCCUGCCUGAGUUUGACCUGCGUGGUGUGUGCCAGAAGACCGUCAUUGCCAAGGCAGGAGACAACAUCAAGGUUGAGAUUCCAGUCAUGGGACGUCCCAGACCGACGGUCUCCUGGCUGAAGGAUGGUGGAGCUUUUAAAGUCACUCAGAGAACAAACGUGGAAUCAACUGCUGCUACAGCUAUUCUGACCAUUAAUGAAUGCAUUAGGGCUGAUAGUGGCACAUACACCAUGAUCGGAAAGAACAUUAUGGGCUCUGUGUCUGACAACAUCGUUGUUAAAGUACAUGAUGUCCCUGGGCCUCCAAAGGGACCAGUUAAAAUAGUUGAGAUAACCCGUACCUACUGUGUCUUUGCCUGGGACACUCCAGACAACGACGGCGGAGUUCCCAUCAACAACUAUGUGGUUGAAAUCAGGAACACUAAUUCUCAGACAUGGGGUGAACUGUCUUCCUCUGUCAUCCGCACCAUAUUCAAGGCUGUUCGUCUCACCACUGGAUCAGAAUAUCAGUUCAGAGUGAAAGCCAAGAACAGAUAUGGUGUCGGAGCUCCCAUCACAUCAGAAAGUGUUGUGGCUGCUUAUCGUUUCAAGGUUCCCGGGCCACCUGGCACGCCUAUGGUUGUUGCUUUCACUAAAGAAACAAUGACAGUUGGCUGGAACGAGCCUGUGUCCGAUGGUGGAAACGAGAUCAUUGGAUAUUACGUAGAGAGGAAAGAGAGGAGCAGCAUCAUGUGGCAGAGGGUUAGCAAGACUAUGGUGAAGGGCAACCUCUUCAAAACAACUAACCUUGAAGCUGGGGUGGCCUAUGAGUUCCGUGUCUUCGCUGAGAACAUGGCUGGAGUCGGUAAGCCCAGCAAGGCAUCAGAAGCCAUGUUUGCCCUGGAUCCUGUGGACCCACCGGGCCAGCCUGAGCCUCUUUACGUCAACAAGAAUGUCAUCACCAUUCAGUGGACCAAGCCUGAAUAUGAUGGUGGCUUCAAGAUCACCGGCUACACUGUGGAGAAAAGAGACCUGCCUGCCGGUCGCUGGAUCAGAGCUAACUUCACCAACAUCAUUGAGACGACCUUCAUGGUGAGUGGACUGACUCAGGAUGCAGCCUACGAGUUCCGUGUUUUUGCGAGAAACUCUGCUGGUUCAGUGAGCCUUCCUUCUGACCCAUCAGAUCCAAUCACUUGCAAAGAUGACAUUGUUGAGCCACGUAUCAUGGUUGAUGCAAUCUUCAAGGAUGUUGUUCUUCUGAAAGCAGGGGAGAAUUUCAAGCUUGAAGCCGACAUUGCAGGUCAACCAAUUCCAUCUAUGGCUUGGACCAAGAAUGGGAAAGAGAUUGAGAACACAAUGAAACUGGAUAUUAAGUUUACUGACCUUACAACCACCUUGGUCAACAAAGAUUCUGUCCGAGCAGAUGGAGGUGAAUUUGUUUUGACUGCCACUAAUGUUGGAGGAUUUGCUAAACACAUUUUCAAUGUCAAAGUUCUGGACCGACCUGGGCCACCAGGGGGACCACUUGUGGUUUCUGAUGUGACAGCUGACAACUGCAUCCUGACCUGGACUCCACCAGCCGAUGAUGGGGGAGCCAAGAUCGAAGCUUACGUCAUUGAGAAACGUGAAUCAACCAGACUGGUAUGGACUAAUGUGGUGUCCGACCUUCAGUUCACACAGUUUAUGGUCACCAAACUGCUCAAAGGAAAUGAAUACAUCUUCAGAGUGAUGGCAGUCAAUAAAUAUGGAGUUGGAGAGGCCCUUGAUUCAGAGCCCACUCUGGCUGACAACCCAUACAUAUCACCAGACGCACCGCAGAACCCUGAGGUCACCGCUAUCACCAGAGAUGCAAUGUUUAUUAUGUGGAAGGCUCCUCAGAGCGAUGGAGGUAGCACCGUUACCAACUACAACAUUGAGAGGAAGGAUAAAAUUGGGCUGCGGUGGGUCAAAUGCAACAAGAAGAAGGUCAAAGAACUGCAGUUCAAAGCAACAGGCCUUGUCGUAGGACAUGAAUAUGAGUUCAGAAUCAUUGCUGAGAAUGCUGCUGGAUUGAGUGCUCCAAGUGUGGCCAGUCCGUUUUAUAAGGCUACUGAUUCCCUGGACCAGCCUGGGCCCCCAUGCAAUCCCAGAACUCUUGACACCACUAAGUCCUCCAUCACUGUUGCUUGGAACAAGCCUGUUUAUGAUGGUGGCUCUGACAUCACUGGCUACAUUGUGGAAACCUGUGAACCAUCAGAGAAGGAGGAAGAUGAGGAAUGGACCAUUGUUACUCCAACAGAAGGACUUCUGGCCACCUCCUUCACCAUUAUCAAUCUGAAGGAAAACCAGGAAUACAAGAUUAACAUCUCUGCUUUGAAUAGUGAGGGCAUCGGAGAGGCAGCUUCAAUCCCAGACAAUGUAAAGGCUGAGGAUAGGCUCCUCCCACCUGAGCUGGACUUGGACGCUGAGCUCCGCAAGGUGGUGAACCUCAGAGCGUGCUGUUCACUGAGACUCUUUGUUCCCAUAAGAGGUCGGCCAGCACCUGAGGCCAAGUGGACCAAAGAAGACGGUGAACCGGUUGAGAGGGCCACUAUUGAGAGCACAACAUCCUACACUUUACUUGUAAUUGAAAAUGUCAACCGAUUUGACAGUGGAAAAUACAACCUCACAGUUGAGAAUGGCUCUGGAUCCAAAACAGUCCAAGUCCAAGUGAGAGUGCUUGAUACACCAAGUGCACCACAAAACCUUAAAAUCAAUGGUGUAACGAAGGAAUCUGUCUCACUCAUCUGGGAUCCUCCAGUAAAUGACGGAGGAGUGAAGAUUAAGAACUACAUUGUUGAAAAACGAGAAUCCACAAGAAAAGCCUAUGCCACAGUCAAAGCCAACUGCCAUCACACCACCUUCACAGUUGACCCACUAGUCGAAGGAUGCAACUACUACUUCAGAGUUUUGGCUGAGAAUGAAUAUGGCAUUGGGUUACCCAUUGAAACAGGAGAGUCAGUCAAAGUGUCAGAGAAACCACAGCCUCCAGGCAAAAUCACUCUGAAGGAUGUGACCAAGACCAGUGUCACUCUGUCCUGGGAGAAGCCAGAGCAUGAUGGAGGCAGCAGGGUUGGUUGUUAUGUUGUUGAGAUCCAGCCUAAAGGGGCUGAUAAGUGGAGCCCAUCUGUGAUAGUCAAAGACACCGAGGCCACCAUCAGCGGACUAAAUGCAGGGGAGGAAUACAUGUUCCGGGUAUCAGCUAGAAAUGAGAAGGGAACCAGUGACCCACGUCAAAUCGGCGUGCCUGUGAUCGUCAAGGAUCUUGUUAUUGCUCCGGUGGCCAAGCUCUUGUUCAACACAUUCAGUGUGCUGGCAGGUGAAGACCUAACAGUGGAAAUACCGUAUGUUGCCCGUCCUAAAGCAGCCGUGUCCUGGUUGAAAGACGGACUGCCUCUGAAAAGAACAAGCAGAGUUAAUUUUGCUGCCACCGAUAAAAUACUGAACCUCACCAUUAAGGAGGCUGCUAGAGAUGAUGUUGGCCAUUACCUCAUUACUCUCAGUAACACAGCUGGAGAGACAACUGUAGACAUUGGUAUUGUUGUUCUUGACAAACCAGGUCAGCCAGGUGGUCCACUUAAGGUCGAGGAUGUGACAGCAGACUCUGUAACCAUCUCCUGGAAUCCACCAGAAUACAAUGGUGGAUGUACAAUCAAACACUACAUUGUGGAAAAGAGAGACACAUCAACAACCAAUUGGAUGGUUGUAUCACCUAACCUAGCAAGGACUAAGAUCAAGGCCAGCCGAUUGAAGACAGGUUCUGAGUAUCAGUUUAGGAUCACAGCAGAGAACAGAUAUGGAAAGGGACCAGUUCUGGUCUCAGAGUGUGUUGUGGCCCAGUACCCGUACAAGCUCCCCGGAUCUCCAGGAACACCUUCCAUUUCUUCCUCAACCAAGGACAGCAUGGUCGUAAUCUGGAAUGAGCCUGUGAAUGAUGGUGGAAGUACUAUCCUGGGAUACCAUCUUGAACGCAAAGAAAGAAAUAGCAUCAUGUGGGUGAAACUUAACAAAUCUAUUAUAGCUGACCAAACCUUCAAGACCACUGGUCUAGAGGCAGGAAUGGAAUAUGAGUACCGUGUUUACGCUGAGAACAUUGUUGGAAUAGGCAAAGUGAGCAAAUUGUCUGAGGGAGUCAUUGCUAGAGAUCCUUGUGAUCCUCCCGGCACCCCAGAGGCAACUCGUAUCACAAAUGAGUCUGUGUCUAUUGUUUGGUCGAAGCCAGAGUACGAUGGUGGUGCAAAAAUUACAGGUUAUGUAGUGGAGAAGAAGGACCUGCCAGAGGGCCGCUGGCUUAAGGCUAAUUUCACAAACGUCAUCGAGACAGAAUAUGUUGCAACAGGCCUCGUGGAGAACCAGCAGUAUGAGUUCCGUGUAAUUGCUAGAAACGCUGCCGGGGUGUUCAGCAUGGCCAGCUACAGCACAGGCCCUAUCACUGCCAAGGAUGAGAUUGAGCCUCCUAGCAUCAGCAUAGACCCAGGAUACUCACAGACACUCGUGGUCAGUGCUGGAGAUACCUUCAAGAUUGAUGCAGAUGUUCAUGGCAAACCAGAGCCUUCUAUACACUGGAUGAAGGGAGAGCAGGAGCUUGGAAAUACGAUUCACAGGGAGAUCAAGAACACAGCCACACAAGCCUGCAUGAAUGUGAAGGAAGCAAAUAUUGAGGAUGGGGGCCAAUACAUACUGCUGUUGAGGAAUCCAGGAGGGGAGAAGGCCGUCACGGUGGAUGUGGUCAUCCUGGAUAAACCAGGACAGCUUCAGAGCCUGCUGGUCACAGGAAUAACGAAAGACUCAUGCUGCCUUUCCUGGAAAGCACCACUACAAGAUGGAAGCAGCAAAAUAUCCCACUACAUUGUGGAGAGGAGAGAGACAAGCAGGCUGGUCUGGACGGUUGUUGAUCAGAAGGUGGAGAAUACUUGCCUUAAGGUUAAAAAGCUUCUUGAAGGAAAUGAAUACAUCUUCAGAGUACGUGCUGUCAAUCAGUUUGGAGUUGGGGCAGUUCUUGAGUCUAGUGCUGUGAUGAUUAAAGACCCAUAUGUUCCUCCCACAUCACCCAAGAGCCUGGAAAUUUCAGAAAUUAUGAAGGAUUCAAUGGUGCUCACUUGGGAAGCCCCCUCUGAAGACGGAGGCAGUCCUAUCACUGGAUACAUCAUUGAGAAACAUGACAAGGAGGGGGUCAGGUGGACCAGAUGCAACAGAAAGAUGGUCACAGACUUGACAUACAAGAUCACCAGACUAAUGGAGAGACACAGUUAUGAAUUCAGAGUUUUAGCUGAGAAUGCAAUUGGUGUUGGUGAGCCAAGCUCACCAACUGUCUUCUACAAAGCUCUGGAUCCUAUCUUCAGGCCUGGCCCGCCACAUCACCCUAAGGUUACUGACACCACCAAAUCAUCCGUGUUCCUCUCGUGGGCCAAACCUAUGGAUGAUGGUGGCUGUGAGAUUCAGGGAUACAUUGUUGAGUGCUGCACUACAACAGAGACACCAGAGGUUCCACCUGAGAUUGCAGUUGAAGAUGAAUUGUCUACAGAAAAAGCUGCUGAGUUAUGGACCAUGUGCACACCAGCAACUGGCAUAAAAAAUACCAAGUUUGAAGUGGAAAACCUGAAAGAAAAUCAAGCCUACAAGUUAAGAGUCUGUGCCAUCAAUAAAGUUGGUGUUGGGGAGCAUGCCGAUGUGUCUGGGGCCAUUAUUGCUGAGGACAAGAUUGAAGAACCUGACCUAGAUAUAGAUCCAGAGCUCAGGAAGAUUUUAAGUAUCAAGGCCGGGGCUUCCCUCCGCCUGUUCAUCCCCAUCAGGGGACGGCCCACGCCCACUAUCACAUGGAACAAAGAUGAAGCUGCACUCAAGGAGACUGCUCAGGUCGAGGUGACAAGCAGUUACACAUCCCUUGUUAUUGACAAAAUGAACAGGUAUGACAGUGGCAAAUACACAGUGACAGCAGAAAACACUAGCGGAACAAAAUCUGCAUUUGUUGUUGUCCGUGUUCUUGAUACGCCAAGUCCUCCUGUCAAUUUGAAAGUCAAAGAAAUUACAAACCGAUCAGUAACACUGGCAUGGGAUUCGCCUCUUCUGGAUGGUGGAGCCAAGAUCAAAAACUACAUUCUUGAGAAGAGGGAGAGUACCCGCAAAACAUACGCUGCCGUGAUAACAAACUGUCAUGAACUCUCUUGGAAGAUUGAGCCACUGCAGGAGGGCUGCAGUUACUAUUUCAGAGUCCUUGCUGAGAAUGCACAUGGUGUAGGAUUGCCAGCAGCAACUGUUGAUCCUCUCAAAGUAUCUGAAGUCCCUCAGGCUCCUAAGAACCUGAUAGUCACAGACCAAACAAAAACCAGCAUCGCUCUGGCCUGGGAGAAACCUGAGUAUGAUGGUGGCAGCAGAGUCCUACAAUACUUACUUGAGAUGCAAGUGAAGGGUCAGGAUAAAUGGUCUGGUGUUAACACAUUUAAGACAAUGGAAGCAACUGUUAGCAAUCUUAACCAAGGAGAAGAGUAUCUAUUUAGAAUUACAGCUAUGAAUGACAAGGGGAAGAGCGAUCCCAAGGUUCUGGCCAGCCCAAUAGCAGCCAAGGACUUGGUGUAUGAGCCCGAUAUAAGGCCGGUGUUCAGCAGCUACAGUGUCAAAGUAGGGAAAGACUUAAGUGUAGACAUUCCCAUCUUUGGCCGUCCAAAACCAGUUGUGAAUUGGUCUAAGGAUGGUGGCCCUCUCAAGUUCACCACCAGAGUCAACAUAAUCAACACAUUAAAACAAACAACUCUGAGCAUCAAGGAGGCAGUAGGAGAUGAUGGUGGAAUGUACAGCAUCAACGCUGCUAACUCUACAGGAAAGAAGGACACAACCGUAGAAAUUAUUGUUCUUGAUAAGCCCGGCCCCCCAUCUGGCCCUGUGAGAUUUGAUGAAGUCACAACACAAAGUAUUACUAUUUCCUGGGACCCUCCAAAGCAUAAUGGUGGCUCCCAAAUCUCCAACUACAUUGUCCAAAAGAGAGACACUACUUCAACAACAUGGGAGAAUGUUAGCAUCAACUAUGCCAGAACCACAAUCAAAGUACCAAGGCUGAAGACAGGAGCUGAAUAUCAGUUCAAGAUCAUUGCUCAGAACCGCUAUGGCAAGAGUUAUGGUCUUGACUCUCAUGCUGUCUUUGCCCAAUAUCCAUACAAGGAACCAGGCCCUCCAGGUACUCCGUCAAUUGGCUCUCUCUCCAAGGACUUCCAGGUGGUUGAGUGGCACGAGCCUGUCUCCGAUGGAGGCAGCCCUGUACUUGGCUACCAUCUUGAAAGAAAAGAAAGAAAUAGCAUCAUGUGGGUAAAGAUCAACAAGACUCUGAUUCAUGACACGUCAUUCAAGAGUCAUCCCUUAGAGGAAGCUAUUGAAUAUGAAUACAGGGUGUCUGCAGAGAACAUCGUGGGCAUCGGCAGGUGCAGCAAGAUCUCAGAAGGCUGUGUUGCACGUGAUCCCUGUGAUCCUCCUGGCACCCCAGAGGCCGUCCAUGUGACCAAAGACACCAUUGUAAUCCAGUGGACCAAACCUGAGUAUGACGGAGGUAGCAGCAUUACUGGUUACACUGUGGAGAAACGGGACCUGCCAGAAGGCCGUUGGAUAAGGGCUAAUUUCACCAACGUCAUUGAAACUAAAUUCACUAUUAGUGGCCUGACUGAAAAUGCACAAUACGACUUUAGAGUCAUUGCUAAGAAUGCAGUAGGCACUAUCAGCAAGCCAUCUUACAACAGCGGACCAAUAAUUGCAAGUAAUGAGUUGGAGGCACCUAAAUACUCUAUUGACCCUGCAUUUACUAAGACAAUCAUCAUUAAUGCAGGAGAAACAUUCAAGAUGGAUGCUGAUGUCCAUGGGAAGCCACUUCCCACAAUCCAGUGGAUUAAGGACGAAAAACCAGUUGAGAAUACACUGAGGUUGGAGAUCAAAAACUCUGACAACCAUGCUGUGAUAACUAUCAAGGAUUCUGUCAGGGUUGACGGCGGUCUAUACACUCUUCAAUUGACGAAUCUUGCUGGCACUGAGAAUGUUCAGUUCAAUGUUGUGGUCCUCGACAGACCAAGCCCAUGCGAAGGACCUCUCUGUGUAACUGGAGUGGCUGAAGACCGAUGCACGUUGGCAUGGCGGGCCCCUCUACAUGAUGGAGGAAGUACGAUUAAUCGCUACAUCAUUGAGAGGAGAGAGACUAGCCGCCUUGCUUGGACUGUUGUCACCAACAGCUGUGAAACCACCUACUUCAAGGUCUCUAAGUUACUGGAAGGCAAUGAAUACAUGUUCCGUGUCAUGGCUGGCAACAGUUAUGGAGUCAGUGAUUCACUGGAGUCUGCAGCCGUUGUGAUGAAAACCCCUUAUGUUCCACCUGGUUCUCCGCAUGUCGAGGAUGUGUCUCAAAUUGCCCACGAUGGAAUGACAAUCACCUGGUCUGCUCCCGAGAGUGACGGUGGAAGUGAGGUCACUAACUACAUCAUUGAAAAGAAGGACAGGACUGGAAUCCGAUGGAUGAGAUGCAACAGACAGAAGGUGACUGACCUCUCCUUCAGAGUAACCGGUCUCACCACUGACCAUCAGUAUGAGUUCAGAGUAGCUGCUGAGAACGUGGCUGGGUUGGGCGUACCAAGCAUGCCAACCUCCAGCUACAAGGCAUGUUAUCCGAAGUACAAGCCCGGUGCACCAGUGUAUGUGAAUUUGAUUGACUCCACCAAGAGCUCCCUCACAGUUUCGUGGGGUAAGCCUUUGAGUGAUGGAGGCACUGCCAUCCAGGGAUACGUGGUAGAGGUCUGUAAGGUUGAGGAGGAGCAGUGGACCAUGGUGACCCCACCUACUGGCCUACGUGUCAACAAAUAUGAAAUCUCCAAACUCACUGAGGGACAAGAAUACAAGAUCCAAGUGUGUGCUUUGAACAAGCUUGGGGUGGGAGAACCAACAGCUAUCUCAGGAACAGCUAAGCCAGAAGAGAGGGUAGACCCACCAGAGAUACUCUUAGACUCUGAGCUUAGGAAAGGAAUCACUUUGAAGGCAGGUGGGUCUGUUCGGAUCAGCAUCCCCUUCAAGGGAAGGCCAACACCUGAAAUCCAGUGGACUAAAGAUGAGGUUGAACUGACAGAGAAGGCUGUUGUUGAGAAGGCCCUCAAUUACACCCAGCUGUCUAUUGACUCAUGUGACAGAAGCGACACUGGAAGAUACAUCCUUUCCCUGACUAACAGCAGUGGUACUGCGUCCGAGCAUGUGUCUGUUAAAGUCCUGGAUGCACCUGGUGCCCCUCUGAAGCUUCAAGUAAAAGAAAUCAAGAAAGACUCUGUAACCCUUUUCUGGGAAGCACCACUCAUUGAUGGAGGCUCUAAAAUCAAAAACUAUGUCAUUGACAAACGCGAAUCAACUAGGAAAGCAUAUGCCAACGUGUCCACAAAAUGCUCCAAGACAACAUUCAAGGUUGAAAACCUCAUUGAGGGUGCUUUGUACUAUUUCAGAGUAAUGGCGGAGAAUUUGUAUGGCGUUGGUCAGGCUAUUGAAACCAAGACAGCCAUCAAGGCUUCUGAAGUCCCACAGCCUGUUGGAAAAGUAUUCCUCACUGAUGUCACAAAGGUCAGUGCAUCCCUGGCCUGGGAGAAACCUGAACAUGAUGGUGGAAGCAGGAUUGCUGGCUACCUGAUUGAGAUGCAGCCCAAGGGUACAGACAAGUGGGGCGUCGCAACCAGCACAAAGACCUGCGAGGGCACGGUCACAGGUCUUACUUCUGGGACAGAGUAUUUGUUCCGUAUUGUUGCUCACAAUGAGAAGGGAAAGAGUGAGCCUCAGCCACUUGCUGCACCUGUAAUCGCCAGUGACAUGACUAUUGAACCCAGUGUUAAGAUGCAAUUCAGCACUUACAGUGUAUUGUCUGGUAAGGAUCUAAGGAUCGAUUUCCCAGUGCUCGGCAGACCCAAACCUAGAGUCACCUGGACCAAGGAGGGCCAAUCUCUGAAUGUUACUUCUAGAGUCAAUUUGGUUAACACUAUGACAACAACUGGAAUUCACAUCACUGAGGCUUGCAAGGAGGACUAUGGGAAAUAUUCCAUCACAGCAGUUAACACAGCUGGAAUAUUCACUGAGUCGGUUGGCAUCAUCAUACUAGACAAACCUGGUCGACCAACUGGUCCAAUUAAAGUUAUUGAAGUGAGUAACACCUUUGUCCACCUGUCCUGGGAUGCUCCGGAGUACACUGGUGGAUGCCAGAUCAAGAACUACAUAGUUGAAAAGAGGGACACCACGACAACUACCUGGCAGACAGUCACUACCCAGCUCGCCAGAACUGCUGUUAAGAUCACCAAAUUAAAGACUGGGGCUGAAUACCAGUUCAGAAUCUUUGCUGAAAACAGAUAUGGAAAGGGCAUGUCUCUUGAAUCUAAGGCCAUCGUCAUCCAGUAUCCUUACAAAGUCCCUGGGCCUCCAGGAACUCCAUAUGUGAAGUCUGCAACAAAGGAGAUGAUGAUCAUUGAAUGGAAUGUGCCAGUUAAUGAUGGUGGUAGUUCAGUUACCGGUUACCAUCUGGAAAGUAAGGAGAGAAGCAGCAUUCUAUGGAACAAACUCAACAAGACCCUCAUCAAUGAUACUGAAUUUAAGAUCAGUAACCUGGAAGAAGGUAUUGGAUAUGAAUUCAGGGUCAGUGCUGAGAACAUUGUGGGUGUUGGCAGAUGUAGCAAAGUGUCAGACUCCUUUGUGGCCCGUGACCCUUGUGAUCCUCCUGGCACCCCUGAGGCUGUAAAGAUCUCCAAGAACGUCAUUAAGAUCCAGUGGACCAAGCCACAAUAUGAUGGUGGGAGUAAAAUAAAUGGAUACAUUGUGGAGAUGAAGGAACUAUCUCUCGCUGAGGCACGUUGGAUCAGAGCUAACUACACCAAUGUAAUUGAGACUGAAUACACUACCACUGGACUCACAGAAAAUGAAAAGUAUGAGUUCAGAGUCAUUGCCAAAAAUGCAUCUGGUGUGUUUAGCGACCCCUCAGACAGCUCUGGACCUAUCACUGCUACUGAUGAGAUUGAACCACCAAGGGCCUCUAUGGAUCCAAAAUACAAGGAUGUCAUUGUUAUCCAUGCUGGAGAGAAUCUUCUACUUGAUGCAGAUAUACAUGGCAAGCCACCCCCUGAAGCCCAGUGGCUGAAGGAGGGCAAGGUGAUGGACAAAGUGCUCCGCGUUGAAGUUAAGAACACACAGAAACAUGCUGCAAUGCUGAUUAAAGAUGUUACCAAGCUCGAUAGCGGGAACUAUGACCUCAGCCUACAAAACGUGGGUGGUGUGAAGACCUUCCCCAUUACUGUAAAGGUUCUAGAUAAACCCGGCCCCCCAGUUGGACCCAUCAAAGUUUCUGGAGUCAUGUCUGACCGGUGUAUCCUUUCCUGGUCAGAGCCGGCUCUAGAUGGUGGAGCAAACAUCACACAUUACAUCCUAGAGAAGAGAGAGACGAGCAGGCUGUCUUGGACAGUGGCUGCCCCAAGCAUUAAGGCGCUCUACUAUAAAAUGGUUAACUUGAUGGCUGGAAAUGAAUACCUUUUCAGAAUCAGGGCAGUGAACAAAUAUGGUGUUGGUGAUUACUUAGAGACAGAACCUGUUGUUGCCCGUAACCCAUACACCCCCCCGAGUGCUCCUGGAGGUCCUGAAGGAAGUCAGAUCACAAAGGACUCCAUAGUUCUCUCCUGGACCGCACCAGAGCACACUGGUGGUAUUGACAUUGAUUGCUAUCACCUUGAGAAGCGUGACAAGGAUGGAGUAAGGUGGACCAAAUGCAACAGGCAGAAGCUCACCGAAACACACUUCCAAGUGACAGGACUUAUGACUGAUCACUUCUACGAGUUCCGCGUCGCAGCCGAGAACGAGGCAGGGAUGGGAGAACUGAGUGAGCUCUCGCUGUUGUACAGGGCAUGCGAUGCCACCACGCCACCUGGAGCUCCCCACCACCCUAAGGUGACAGACUUCACCAAGUCAACCGUGUCUCUUUCCUGGGGCAAACCACAGUCUGAUGGUGGAGCUUACAUCAAGGGUUACAUUGUGGAGAUGAGGGAGUACACACCAGAGCCUGAGGAGGAUGAGGCCGAAGUGGCCCCAGCAGUGGAAACAGCAGUUGAAAAGGAAUGGAGUAUGUGCACUCCGCCUGCUGGAAUCCAGGCAACUAAACUCACUGUAAAAGAUCUAAAAGAAGGUGGAGAAUUCCAGUUCCGUGUUUGCGCUAUCAACUCUGAGGGAGUGGGAGAGGCUGCUAAUGUCAGUGGCUCCGUUGUCACAACAGAGAAAGUGGAGGCUCCAGAAAUCGAACUACAUGCUGACCUCAGAAAGGUGGUGUCUGUCCGCGCUGGUGGAACCUUACGUCUGUUUGUCACAAUCAGAGGAAGACCAGAACCUGCUGUCAAAUGGGAGAAAGUGGACGGCAGUCUGACUGACCGUGCUAUCAUUGAGGCAACCAGCUCAUACACUAUGCUUGUUAUUGACAAUGUUAAUCGCUUUGACAGUGGUAAAUAUUCUCUAACCUUGGAGAAUGAUAGUGGAACUAAAUCUGCCCUUGUUGCCGUCAGAAUUCUUGACACACCUAGUGCUCCACAGAUGUUCAACAUCAAGGAACUUAAAAAGAAUUCAGUGACUCUUUCCUGGGAUACCCCACUUACCGAUGGUGGCUCUAAAAUCACAAACUACAUCUUGGAGAAGAGGGAGUCUGUCAGAAAAGCCUACACCACUGUGACAAGCAACUGCACAGCCAACUCCUUCAAGAUUGAAGAGUUGCCAGAGGGAGGCAUUUUCUACUUCCGUGUCUGCGCUGUUAAUGAGUAUGGCCAGGGACAGAUGGUUGAAACUAAAGAAGUUAAGGUUUCUGAGGUGCCAUUGCCUCCAAACAAAAUCACCCUCACUGAUGUCACAAAGACCAGCGUGUCACUUGCUUGGGAGAAGCCUGCCCAUGAUGGAGGAAGCAAAAUUAUGUGCUACAAUGUUGAGUUUAAGCCUAAAUCUGUUGAUAAGUGGGGCACAGCAUGCACAGUAAAAGUACCGGAAGCCACUAUUCCUAAUCUUACUCCUAAUGAAAUAUAUUCAUUUAGAGUUGUCGCUAUUAACGAGAAAGGAAAAAGCGAGCCAAAGGAACUAGGACUUCCUGUGACUGCCAAAGAUGUUGCUAUUGAACCAUCUGUUAAUCUGUUGUUCAACACAUACACUGUGAAAGCCGGAGAGGAUCUGACUGUUGAGGUCCCAGUAAGAGGAAGGCCUAAGCCUGUUGUUUCCUGGAAAAAGGAUGCACUACCUUUGAAGCAAACAUCAUCAGUAACUAUCCUAAAUAGUGUGACUGCAUCCAAGAUCCUCAUCAAGGAAGCAGGAAGAGAACAUGUUGGCAAAUAUGAGAUCACAUUGGCCAACACUGGUGGCACAGUCAGUGCAGACAUUGGAAUAAUAGUUCUUGAUAAGCCAGGACCCCCCAAAGCUUUCAAGGUGGAUGCUGUUACUUCAGACAGCAUCACGGUAUCCUGGUCUCCACCAGAUUAUGAUGGUGGCUGCUCUAUCAGCAGCUACAUUGUAGAGAAAAGGGACACAAACUCACAAGAAUGGCAGCUGGUAGCAAGCAAUGUUGCUAGAAAUGCUUUUAAGGCUGGUCGUCUGACACACAGAGCAGAGUACCAGUUCCGCAUCUAUGCAGUCAACCGUUACGGAAAGAGUACGUAUCUGGAUUCUCCUGGAAUCACUGCUCAGUAUGACUCCAAACAACCUGGUCCUCCUUCUACUCCCAUCGUAAAGCUAGCCACCAAGGCCUUCAUGCUGGUGACGUGGAAUGAGCCUGUCAAUGAUGGAGGUAGCACGGUUCUGGGCUACCACCUGGAAAGCAAGGAGCGCACUAGCAUCCUCUGGAACAAGAUCAACAGAGGCAUGAUCAAAGACACAGAGUACAAGGUCUCCGGCAUCGAGGAGGGGAUGAUAUAUGAGUACAAAGUGUAUGCUGAGAACAUCGCUGGAAUCGGUAAAUCUAGUAAGGCAUGUGAAGGUGUAGCAGCUAGAGACCCAUGUGAUCCUCCAGGCACGCCUGUCGUCACUGCAGUUACCAGAAAAUCUGUUUCCCUGACUUGGACUAAGCCAGAGUAUGACGGUGGAGCCAAGGUGUCUGGGUACACUAUUGAAUCCAGAGACCUUCCUCAAGGUCGCUGGACCAGAUGCAACUUCACCAAUGUGCCAGAGACCUACUAUGACGUGACAGGCCUCACAGAAAACAGCCAGUAUGACUUCCGUGUCAUUGCCAAGAAUGCAGCUGGAUUAUUUAGUGAGCCGUCAGACAAUACUGGCUCCAUCACCGUUAAAGACGAUGUUGAUCCACCACGCAUCAUGAUGGAUGUGAAAUUCAGAGACACAGUUGUUGUGAAAUCAGGAGAGACUUUGAAGAUUAAUGCUGAUCUUGCUGGACGUCCUGCUCCUGUUGUGUCCUGGACCAAGGACGGUAAGGAGAUUGAACUGAGAGCCCGUAUCCAGAUUAUUUCCACAGAAACAAGCACCUCUGUCAUCAUUAAGGAUUGCAUUCGAAGAGACUCUGGCCAGUAUACCCUGACUCUGCAGAACAUUGCUGGAACUGUCACAAUGCCAGUGAAAUGUGUGAUUCUUGAUAAGCCAGGGCCGUGUGCAGGUCCUCUGCAGACCACCGGUUUGACCGCUGAGAAGUGUAAUCUGUCAUGGGGACCUCCUCAGGAGGCUGGCGGUGCAGAGAUCACUCACUACGUCGUGGAGAAGCGGGAAACCAGCCGCUUGGCCUGGACACUCGUUAAAGGAGAUCUCUUAAAAACAUACCUUCAAGUCACGGGAUUGCUCAAGGGCAAUGAAUACAUCUUCAGGGUCUUGGCAGUCAAUAAACAUGGGCUGGGUGAAGCCCUUCAAUGCGAUACAGUCAAGAUAACAGAUCCAUUCACUGUCCCCUUGGCUCCUUUCAGUGUUGAGGUCACCGAAGUAACUGGAGAUUCAAUGACUCUAACUUGGUCCAAGCCAGUCACUGACGGUGGAAGCCCCAUCAGUGGUUACGUUGUUGAGCGUCUUGAGAAGACUAGCACGCGCUGGAUCCGUGUGAACAGGGAACCAGUGGUCGAGUGCACCACAGUGGCAAGAAAAUUGCGCAAGGGCUUGGAGUAUGAUUUCAGAGUUUAUGCAGAGAAUGCUGCUGGCUUGAGUCCGCCAAGUCCUGCGUCUGCUUCACAAAGAGCAGUAGAUGCUCUGGUUGUUCCUUGUCGCCCCACCAAGCCCAAGAUGGUGAACUCUACUAAGAACACUGUGACCGUUGUCUGGAAACCACCAACCGCUGACGGUGGUGCACCAGUCAUUGGAUACAGAGUAGAAUACAGAGAGUUCAUUCACAGACCAAAGCCUGAGGAGGAGGAGGAGGAAUACUAUGAGGAUGAGGAAGAAGACCCUGAAACGCCAGAGGAGCUGGCAAGAUGGAUUGAAGCCAUUCCUCUCACCAAAAGUCUUGAGUUCACCAUCCCAGGGCUGAAAGAAGAAACUGAAUACGAGUUCUGUGUUCUGGCUAUAAAUAAGGUUGGCAUAAGUGUUAGGAGCAUAUAUUCAGAUCCAGCCUUUGCAAUGGACAGAAGUGCAGAGCCUUCAUUUGAUGAUGACCUUGAUAUGCGAAAGCUGCUUGUCGUCAAGCACGGCAUUGCAUUUACCCUGAAUGUACCAUUCAAGGGAAAACCAGUACCAUCUGUUGUAUGGGCCAAGGAGGGAGUCGAUCUCAAGAUUAGGGGAACCAUUGAAUCAACAGAAUCCAGUACUUCCCUAACCAUUGAGAACUCAAGCCGAAAUGACUCUGGAGAGUACUCUGUCACCCUUGAAUCUCCCCUGGGAACUCCAACUAUGCCUAUGGUGGUCAAAGUGCUGGACUCUCCUGGACCUCCGGUCAAUGUGAAGGUAACAGCGGUGACCCGGGACUCUGCUAGCCUCAUCUGGGAAGCUCCAGAGAAUGACGGUGGUGAUAUCGUGAAGUCCUACCAUGUUGAGAAGCGGGAGGCCAGCAAGAAGGCCUGGGUAUCUGUGACCAGUAGCUGCCAUGCCUUGGCUCACAAGAUAGAAGACCUGCAGGAAGGAGCAUUCUAUUAUUUCAGAGUAACUGGAGAAAAUGAAUAUGGAGUGGGAGUUCCCCAGGAGGCCAAGAAUGCCACAAAGAUAACAGAGGUACCAAGUAUUCCUAUGAAACUUGGAGUUGCAAAUGUUACCAAGGACUGUGUCACCAUUGCCUGGACCCGGCCAGAGUGCGACGGUGGCAGCAGGGUGUCUGGCUAUCUCAUUGAAGCCAUGGAGAAGGGACAGAGCAAGUGGGUUAAGUGUGCUACAGUGAAAACCAUGAGUCACACCAUCAAGAGCUUGAGGGAAGGUGCUGAGUACUUCUUCAGAGUGCGUGCUGAGAACCAUGCCGGACUCAGCGAGCCCAAAGAGAUGAUUGUACCGGUUGUUGUCAAAGAAAUACAUGAGUUUCCUGAGUUUGAUCUGAAGAACUACCCAAAGAACACUGUCUAUGUAAGAGCAGGUGGCAACCUGACCUUUGAGAUUCCUCUCAGUGGCAAGCCCAUGCCUAAAGUGACCAUGUCCAAGAACAACGUGGUUAUCAAGGGCUCCAAGAGGCUACUGACUGAAGUCACCCCAGAGAGCCUCACAAUCACCUUGAACGAGAGCACCACUAGUGACGCUGGGAGAUAUGAGGUCACUGCCUCUAAUGUCGGAGGAACCACCAAGAUCCCCGUCAUCUUUGUGGUGCUGGACCGCCCUGGACCUCCUGUCGGCCCAUUGGAGGUGGGAGAGAUCGGAGAAAGUACAGUGUGUCUGAAAUGGUCUCCUCCAGAAUAUGAUGGCGGCAGCCCAGUCACAAACUAUAUUGUUCUCCGACGUGAGACCAGUACUCCUAGCUGGACAGAGGUCUCCACGAACAUCGCCCGAAGUGCGGUCAAGGUGACGAAACUAACCAGGGGAGAGGAGUAUCAGUUCAGAAUCAAGGCAGAGAAUCGCUACGGAGUCAGCAACCACAUUGACUCUAAACCAAUCACAGUCAAGCUUCCUUACACCAUCCCUGGCCCGCCUUCCACCCCCUGGAUCGGCUUUGUCUCGAGAGAGAACCUGCUGGUGUGCUGGAACGAGCCUGUGAUAGACGGUGGAAACCAGGUGAUCGGAUACCACCUCCAGAUGAAGGAACGAAGCAGCAUCUUGUGGCAGAAGGUGAACAAGACGGCCAUCCCAGCCAACCAGUGGAGGGUCUCCAAUAUCUGCCCUGGUCUCUUCUAUGAGUUCAAGGUUGCUGCAGAAAACGCAGCUGGCAUUGGCAAGUUGAGCAAAACAUCAGAGGAAGUACUGGCUAUCGAUGCCUGUGAGCCCCCAGCCAACGUGCAAGUGACAGAAGUUACCAAGAACUCCGUCUGCCUGGCCUGGCAGAGGCCCCCUUACGAUGGUGGCAGCAAGAUCACCGGCUACAGCGUAGAGAUGAGAGAUGGUCCCAAAGGACGAUGGGUGAAAGCAAACUUCACCAACAUCAUUGACAUGGGCUUCACUGUGUCUGGUCUGACCCAGGAUGAGUCCUACGAGUUCAGAGUCUAUGCCAAGAAUACUAUCGGCUCAGUGAGCAACCCAUCCCUCAGCGCUGGCCCAGUCACCUGUGUUGAUUCAUGUGGUGCUCCUGCGAUUGACCUUCCCCCCGAGUACCUGGAUGUCGUCCAAUACAAGGCUGGAGUUGCAGUGAAACUCAUGGUGGGAAUCAUUGCCAAUCCUCUGCCAACCAUCGAGUGGCUAAAGGAUGGGAAGGAGCUGGUGUCCUCCUCCAUACUGUCUGUUGAAAGCACAACAGAUUUCUCUGGUGUGCUCAUCAAGGACGCCUCUCGCUUCAACACCGGCACAUACGAAAUAAAGAUCAAGAACGCUCUGGGUUCGGCCUCUGCAUCCAUCAGGAUCGAAAUUCUUGACAAGCCUGGUCCCCCGGCUGGUGAAAUUACAUUCAAAUCCGUCACCGCCGACCGCAUCAUCUUGGGCUGGGAGGCGGUGCCCGAGGAUGACCAAGGAGGCGCCAAAGUGACACACUACGUGGUGGAGAGGCGCGAAACUAGCCGAGUGGUUUGGUCCACGGUGUCUGACUGCUUGGAGCAGACCCAUGUCAGUGUUUCAAAGCUGUUGAGAGGAAACGAGUAUGUGUUCCGAGUGAUGGGGGUCAGCAAGCUUGGAGUCGGAGAAGCUCUUGAGUCCGAACCAGUCGUCGCUAAGAAUGCCUUCGUGACUCCUGGGCAGCCACGCACCCCUGAGGUGAACACCAUCACCAAGACCAAUAUGUUGGUGGAAUGGGGCAAACCAGGCUUGGAUGGAGGCAUUGCCGUCUCUGGCUACUACCUGGAGAGACGUGACAAGAAGAGCUUGCGCUGGAUCCGGGUUAACAAAGACCUAAUCACUGACACCAAGCAGACCAUCUUCCAUCUGACAGAGGGCAAUGAGUACCAGUACCGCGUAUGUGCCAUCAACAAGGCGGGAUUAGGGCCCCUCUCUGAGGUAUCGGACUACUACAGGGCCGCUGAUCCAGUUGAAUAUCCAGAUGAGCCCUGUAAGCUGAGGGUGGUGGACUCCACCAAGACAUCCAUCACCUUGGGCUGGUCCAAGCCUGAAUGGGAUGGAGGCAGCGAGGUCAUCAGCUACAUGGUGGAGAAGCUUGUUGAGGGAGAGGAAGAAUGGGCCCUUAUUACCUCCAAGGGAGAGGUCAAAACAACAGAGUACACUGUCCAUGAUCUGAAGCCAGACGUCAACUACUUCUUCAGAGUGUCUGCCAUCAACUGUGCUGGUCGUGGAGAGCCUCUGGAGAUGACUGAUGCUGUGCAGGCCAAGGACAUCCUGGAGGAGGCCAAGGUGGAUCCAGAUGUAGCCAUGAGAACUCACUACAUCGUCAAGGCAGGAAAGGAUGUAGAGCUGUCUGUUCCCCUGAAGGGAAGACCUGCACCCACAGCCUCCUGGAGCAAGGGAGACGAGUGCAUCAACAACGACCCCAAAUAUGAGUUCCACCACUCAGACACCACCUCAGUCCUUGUCAUGCGUGAGAUUACCAGGCUUGAUACUGGAAAGUACAAUGUCAAGAUUGCGAAUGGGGUGGGAGAACCCCAGACCGUGACCCUCUCUGUAAAGGUCCAGGACACCCCUGCUCCCUGUAGGAACCUGGUUCUGAAGGACGUGACUCGUGGGAAAGUGACACUCUGCUGGGAGACCCCACUUCUGGAUGGUGGAGCUGAAAUCAACAACUACAUCAUUGAGAAGAGAGAUUCUUCAAAGAGGGCAUAUUCUGCUGUCACCAAUAAAUGCACUGACACAACAUACACCAUUGAAGACCUCUCUGAGAAAACGUCUUUCUUCUUCCGCGUGUCUGCGGAGAAUGAGAAUGGCAUUGGUGACCCAUGUGACACUGCUGAGCCAGUGAAGGCUACCGAGGUACCAGGACCAGUCAAGGAAGUGACCAUGAAGGAUUCAUCCAAGACCUCCGUCACUCUCCAGUGGCUGAAACCGGAUUAUGAUGGUGGCAGCAUCAUCUCUGAUUAUAUGAUUGAGAAGAGGCUGCAGAGUGAGGAGGAAUGGUCCCUGGGAGGAACGAGCAAGCAGUGUGAGUGUGAGGUGAAGAAACUAAAAGAACAUACAGGUAUGUUCUUCAGAGUUGCUGCAAGGAAUGAUAAGGGUCAAGGUGACUUUGUGGAGGUUGGGCCAAUCAAGGUGAUCGACUACAUUAUUACACCUGAGGCCUGUCUUGCAGACUACCCAGGAGGAACCUUUAGUGUUCGUCUGGGACACAAUGUCCACAUUGAGCUGCCCUACAAGGGCAAGCCGAGACCAAAUACCCUGUGGUUCAAGGACAGCAUGCCUCUGAAAGAGAGCGACCAGAUCCGCUUCAAGAAAACUGAGAGCAAAGCCACAAUAAUGAUCAAGAAUGUUACAAAGGAGAAUGAGGGAAAAUACACGUUAACCCUUGACAACAACGUCAACAGGAAAUCCUUCCACAUCCAUGUGAUCACAUUGGGACCAACGUCCAAGCCGGUCGGACCGAUCCUCUUGGAUGAGGUGAGAGCCGAGAGCAUCACAAUCUCAUGGGAGGAACCCAAUGACGACGGAGGUGGAGAAAUCACGUGCUACACUAUAGAAAAGCGGGACGCCACUCAGUCUGACUGGAAGAUGGCCUGCUCUAGUGCGCAAGGCACACAGUUCAAGAUCCCCAACCUGAUCAAGGGUUCGCAGUACCAGUUCAGAGUGUGUGCUGAGAAUAGAUACGGUCUGAGUGAGCCGCUUCUGUCCCAGAUGGUUAUUGCUAAGCACCAGUUCAGGCCUCCAGGCCCACCAGGCAUUCCCUUUGUGUACAACGUCACCAACGACGGCAUGUCCAUCCAAUGGGAGGAGCCCAUCUAUGACGGCGGUGCGCCCAUCCAAGGUUACCAUGUGGAGAAGAGAGAGAUGAACAGCAUCAUGUGGCAGAAGGUGAACAACAUGCUGGUGACCAAGAGGGAGUACCGCAUCCUGGGCCUGAUCGAAGGCCUGCAGUACUCCUUCAGGGUCUACGCCAAGAACGACUCUGGAUUUAGCAGGAUGAGUGACGUCAGCAAGCCAACCAUGGCUGUCUCUCCUGUUGAUCCUCCUGGCCAGCCGGACUACACCGAUGUGACUGGUGACUCUGUGAGCUUGAAGUGGGAUGCUCCCAAACGAGACGGUGGCAGUAAAAUCACUUCCUAUAGCAUUGAGAAACGGCAGGGCAAGGGUCGCUGGUUCAGGGCUAACCUGACAGAAGUCCAUGACUGCGAGCACACAGUUACUGGCCUGGCUGUGAACGAGCGCUAUGAGUUCAGAGUCAUCGCCAGGAAUGCAAUUGGCGUUAUCAGCCCACCUUCUAACUCCUCUGGCUUCAUCGUGGUCAGAAGUGAAAAUGCUGCACCAAACAUUGAGUUUGGCCCCGAGUACUUUGAAGGAUUAACAGUCAAGGCAGGAGACAACAUCCGACUGAAGGUGACCAUCACCGGCCGUCCUGUUCCCAAAGUGGUGUGGCACCGAGAUGGAGUGGAGAUAACCAAGAAGAUCAUGGACGUUAUUAACAUGGCUGGAUCCAGCACCCUGUUUGUCAGGGAUGCUGAUCGUACCCAUAAGGGUGUCUAUUCUGUUGAGGCCACCAAUGGCUCUGGAACCAAGAAGGAGACUAUUAAUGUCCAAGUCCAAGACACACCUGGGGAGCCGGUGGGACCCAUCACCUUCAGCCGUAUCUCCGAGGGCAAGUGCACUCUGUCCUGGAGCCCGCCAGAGAACGAUGGCUGCUCCGAGGUUUCUCACUACCUUAUCGAGAAGCGUGAGACAGCCAAGAUAUCUUGGGCAAUGGUUACUGAUGAGUGCAAGGAAUGCACCUUUGAUGCCACAAAGCUGAUAAAAACUAACGAGUACCAGUUCAGGAUUUCUGCUGUCAACAAGUUUGGAGUGGGAAGACCUUUGGACUCCACCCCUGUCAUCGCUCAGUUGCAAUACACAACUCCGGAUGCCCCAGGCACUCCUGAUGUCACCGAGGCGAGCGGAGACAGCAUCACACUAGCCUGGACAGCGCCAACCUCUGACGGAGGAGACCCCAUUCAGUCCUACAUCCUGGAGAAGCGGGAGAAGAAGACCACCCGCUUCUACAAAGUGAUCACGAAGAAAGCCAUCACUGAGGUUGCUCACAAGGUGCUCCACCUCACUGAGGGAACCGAGUACGAGUUCCGUGUCAUGGCCGUGAACAAUGCCGGUGUGGGCACUCCAAGCAAUGUCUCGAUGCCCAUCAUGGCCGCAGAGCCCAAGGACAUCCCCUGUGCCCCGUCGGUGGUCUGUGUGUCUGACUCCAGCAAUACCAGCAUAAGCCUUGAAUGGUCCCGGCCCGCAGAUGAUGGAGGCACGGAGGUCCUGGGCUACAUCAUCGAGAUGGUUAAGGGAGAAGAAGAGGAAUGGACGAGAGUGAACGAGGAAUUGGUGGCACAAACCACCUACGAGGUGAUUGGCCUGGAGACAGGAUCUGAAUACCUGUUCCGUGUUGCGGCGGUCAACCAUGUGGGCCGGGGUGAGGACCAGGAGACCCCCGAGGCUGCUCAGGCCGUAGACAGACUCACGCCCCCACAGGUAGACAUCGAUGCAAGCUUUAAGCAGACGCACAUCGUCAAGGCUGGAGGCUCGGUAUGUCUGGGAAUCCACUUCAGAGGGAAGCCCAUUCCCACAGCAAGCUGGACAAAGGAAGACGGGGAACUAGGUGUCUUGUCUGAGGUCUCUACUACAGAGGGCUACAGCUCACUAAGCAUGGAAAACUGCAGUAGAAAUGAAUCAGGCAAAUACAGCAUUACACUGGAGAACCCCAGUGGUAGCAAGACUAUUACCUAUACUGUGAAAGUGAUGGAUACCCCUGGAGCUCCACAGGCCCUGGCCGUCCAGGAGGUGGGCAGAGGAUCGGUCACUCUGACCUGGGAGCCUCCCAUUAACGAUGGUGGAGCCCGUAUCCAUCACUACAUCGUAGAAAGACGUGAAGCCAGCCGCCGCACCUGGCAGCAGUCUGGUGGAAAAUGCACCAAGCAGAUCCUGAAGAUUCAGAACCUGCUGGAAGGGGUUCCCUACUUCUUCAGAGUCUCCGCUGAGAACCAACAUGGCCUGGGAGAAGCCCUGGAGCUGACUGAUCCUACCAUUGCUACAGCAGAGCCUUCGUCUCCAAAGAGAAUGGACAUCCUGGACACCACAGACACCUCUGUGGCUCUGGGAUGGCUGAAGCCAGAGCACGACGGCGGUAGCCGUAUCCAGUGCUACGUUGUUGAGGUGAGAGCUAAGGGUACAGAUAAAUGGAUGGUAGUUGGAAACACAAAGAACCUCACAUUCUCUGUUGAGAAGCUGAACAAAGGUGAUGAGUAUGACUUCCGUGUCAAGGCAAAGAACGAAUCUGGCUUAAGCCAGCCGAAGGAGACUUUGGCCUCUGUUCUAGUCAAGGAGCCUCAUAUCGAACCUGCGGCUGACCUCAGUGAGAUCAUCAACCAGCUCAUCACAUGCAGGUCUGGAAAGACCUUCACCAUCGAUGUUCCUUUCAGUGGAAGACCUGCUCCUAAGGUGAGCUGGAGGCUGGAGGAGAUGAGGCUGAAGAACACAGACAGAGUCUCCAUCACGGUUGCCAAGGAUAGGACCAGCAUCACUGUUAAGGAGGCCAUGAGAGGAGAUGGAGGUAAAUACUACCUGACCCUGGAGAACGCGGCAGGAAACAAGACCUUCACUAUUAAUGUCAACGUUAUUGGAAGACCAAGUCCUCCUGCCGGAACCAUUGAGGUCUCCUCCAUCACUUCGGAGUCCUGUACGAUUGAAUGGGGAGCACCAGAGGAUGAUGGUGGAACUGACAUCACCAACUACAUUGUGGAGAAGCGCGAGUCUGGCUCCACCGCCUGGCAGCUCAUCAACUCCAGCGUGAAGCGCACCACCCUCCACGUUAGUCACCUGACCAAGUACAUGCAGUACACCUUCAGGGUCUGUGCUGAAAACCAAUUCGGAGUCAGCAAGUCCACGGAAUCUGAGACCAUCGUUGCUGAGCAUCCAUUCACACCCCCAGGCCCGCCAACCAGGCCAAGCGUGUCUGGAGUCACAGCCAACAGCAUGCACAUCAAAUGGGAAGAACCCUACAAUGAUGGAGGCAGCAAGGUGACUGGCUACUGGAUCGAGAAGAAGGAGAAGAACAUCAUCCUCUGGGUUAGAGAAAACAAGGUCCCCUGCUUUGAGUGUAACUACAAGGUGGAAGGACUGGUUGAAGGCCUGGAGUACCAGUUCAGAAUCUCUGCCAUGAACAGCGCUGGUCUCAGCAAGGCCAGCGAGGCAUCCAAGAGGACUGUUGCUCAGAACCCCGUUGGCCCACCAAGCAAACCUGAAGUCACAAACGUCACCAGAUCCACUGUGUCUCUCAAGUGGUCUUCUCCACUGAACGACGGCGGCUGUCCCAUAGUGGGCUAUAUCAUCGAGCGUAAGAACUACACCCUAACCGGGGAAGGUCGCUGGCUCAAGUGUAACUACACAAACGUGACUGAUACCUUCUUCACGGUCACCGCCCUGGGAGAGGGAGAGCCUUACGAGUUCAGAGUCGUCGCCAAGAACACCAACCAGGUGUUCAGCAUGCCUUCAGACUCUACUGGCUCCGUGCAGUGCAAGACCGACUUCGAACCUCCAAAGGCAAAGCUGGACAGCAAGUUGCUGUUGGACACGGUGACGGUCCGAGCCGGUUCUGACCUGGUCCUGGAUGCUGCUGUGGGCGGACGGCCAGACCCCAAGGCCUGCUGGUCAAAGGGAACCAGAGACCUGGAGCUGUGUGAGAAGUACCACCUGCAAUACACCCCCACCAAAGCCAUGGCCAUCAUCAAGUUUUGUGACAGGGACGACACCGGCCAGUACAUCCUGACCGUCAGGAACGUCAGUGGAACCAGGACGGCUGAGGUCAACGUCAAGGUCCUCGAUACUCCUGGUGUCUGCAAAGGCAGCAUUAGGAUCAGCAGGAUCACAGAAGAGUCAUGCACUUUGAGCUGGAACCCUCCUCUGGAGGAUGGUGGCGACGAUGUGUCUCACUACAUCGUGGAGCGCCGCGACACCAACCGCCUCAACUGGGUGGUGAUGGAUGAUGAGUGCAAGGAGCUGAAGUGCAACAUCACCAGACUGUUCAAGAACACAGAGUACUUGUUCAGAGUCCGAGGAGUCAACAAGUAUGGCUCUGGAGUCCUCCUGCAGUCUGAACCCAUGGUAGCCAGGAACACAUUCACUGUGCCAUCUCCUCCGGGAGCCCCAGAAAUCCUGGCGUCCGGAAAGGACUUUGCCACCAUCGAGUGGCUGAAGCCAGAGAGUGACGGGGGCAGCCCAAUCCUCCACUUCCUGGUGGAGAGGCGUGAGAAGAAGAGUGCCCGUUGGGUCAAAGUGAACCGAGAUGGGACCCUGGUAGACAGCAUGCUGAAGGUGUCGGACCUCACCGAGGGAAACAUCUACCAGUUCAGAGUUACUGCAAUUAACAAGGCGGGAGAGGGUGAAGCAAGUGAGGUGUCGCUAUAUGUGAUCUGCAGAGUGCCCACAUGCACUCCUGCUCCUCCUUCUAUUCCACGUAUCGUGGACACACAUGCCGAUAGCAUCAGCCUGGCCUGGUCGCGGCCGGUGGACGACGGAGGAGCCGACGUGAUUGGCUACAUCCUGGAGAUGCAGGAGUCAGGAGCUGAGGAAUGGACAAAGACCCAUGAGAAGACCCUAAGGACCAGCGAGCAUGUGGUACCAGCUCUGUCCUCAGGCAAGAAGUACUGCUUCAAAGUAGCCGGUAUCAACAUCAACGGCACCGGAGACUUCAGUGAAGCCUGCAUAGAGACGGAGCCGGUUGAGAGGAUAGAAACUCCUGACUUUGAGAUGCAUGACGACCUGAGGAAGACCAUCUGCCUGCGUGCCGGCGGUUCCCUGCGCAUGCCUGUCACGGUGACUGGCCGCCCCACUCCCGCCCUCACUUGGAGCAAGGCUGGCGUGGACCUGCAUAACCGUGGCUUCAUCGACGUCACCAGCACCUCCACCACGCUCAUCAUCGACAAGGUGCACCGCUACGACGCUGGCAAAUACACCCUGGUAGCAGAGAACUCUGCCGGAAAACAGGAGGUCCAUAUCCUCGUGAAGAUCUACGACACACCUGGGCCAACUGGACCAAUCAAGAUCAAGGAACUGAAAAAGGAGUCUGCUACCAUUUCGUGGGAGGCUUCCACAGUGGACGGCGGCGCACCAGUCAACAACUACAUCAUCGAGAGACGGGAAGCCUCCAUGAGGGCCUACAAGACCGUCACCUCCAAGUGCAGCAAGACUUCUUACAAGAUCGACGGUCUGAUGGAGGGCAUGCUGUACUACUUCAGGGUGCUGCCUGAGAACAUCUACGGCAUUGGUGAGGCCUGUGAAACACCGGACGUGAUAUUGGUGUGUGAAGUACCUGAGCCUCCUCAGAAGCUGGAGAUGAUCGAUGUCACCAAGACCUCGGUGACUCUGGGCUGGGAGAAGCCAGAGCAUGACGGGGGCAGCAGGCUGACCGCCUACACCAUCGAAGCCUGCAAGUUCGGUACUGACAAAUGGAUGAAGGUGGCUACCAUGAAGACCACCGACUUUGAGCACACCAUCGAGAAGCUGAACGAGAACGAGCAAUACCUGUUCAGAAUCCUGGCCAUCAACAGCAGAGGAGCCAGCGAGCCCAAGGAGAUGAUCACCGCUGUCACGGUUCAGGAACAAAGAGUGGUGCCCAUCGUGGAUCUGUCCAGCAUUCCUCAGAAGGUGGUGAACGUCCUGGCUGGGAAGGCUCUGGACCUGGACCUGCCCAUCGUGGGCAGACCUCCCCCAGUCUGCUCCUGGUACUUUGCUGGUACCAAGAUGAAGGGGUCGGAGCGCGUCAAGGUGAAGAGCACCGGGAAGUUCUCCAAGCUCACCGUUUCCGACACCAACAUCGACGACUCCGGCGACUACACCCUGGAGGUCAAGAACAUCACCGGGGUCACGACCGAGGUCAUCAAGGUCGUCGUGCUCUCCAAACCGGACGAGCCCAAAGGCCCAAUCAGGUUAGAUGAGGUGGACGCCACCUCAGUGACCUGUAGCUGGGACCCCCCAGAGAGGGACGGAGGCUCCCCGGUCAGUGGCUACAUGGUGGAGCAGCGGGACGCCCACCGCCCCGGCUGGGUGCCCGUCUGUGACUCUGUCAGUAGACCCACCUUCAAAUUUGACAAGCUGAUCGAGGGCAAUGAGUAUGUGUUCCGCGCGGCAGCGGUGAACCGUUAUGGCAUGGGAGAGUUCCUGCAGUCUGACGUCGUCAUGUGCAAGAGCCUGAACAAUGUGCCCGGACCUCCUGGUCGUCCGACCGUAUUUGACGUGUCUCGUGAUGGCAUGACGGUGGCAUGGAACCCACCAGAGGAGGACGGAGGUCUGGAGGUCUCUGGCUACAUCAUUGAGCGCAAAGAGGUCAGGGCAGAACGAUGGGUGCGUGCCAACAAGAACCUGGUCACCAUGCAGAGGUACAGAUCCACCGGGCUGAUCGAGGGGCUGGAGUACGAACACAGAAUCACCGCCAUCAACGCCCGAGGGUUGAGCAAGCCCAGCCUGCUGUCCAAGCCCGCCGUUGCCACAGACCCCAUCGACCCUCCUGGGUGCCCUCAGAACCCCAGGAUCACAGAUACCACCAAGACAUCGGUGUCCCUGGCCUGGAGCGCUCCUGACGACGAGGGAGACGCCAGGGUGGACGGAUACCUCAUUGAGAUGCAGAAAGUGGGAACUCAGGCUUGGACCAAGUGCAACACCACACCGUCCCUGAUCUGUGAAUACACCCUGACUCAGAUGCCCCAAGGGGAGGAGUUUAAAUUCCGCGUCAUGGCGUGCAACGCCGGUGGCUCUGGAGAACCGGCCGAGGUCCCUGGAACCAUCAUAGUGACGGAGAUGCUCGAAUCUCCGGAUUAUGACCUUGAACUCAAGUACAAGGACGUGUAUGUGGUAAGGCUAGGAGGUGUGGUGAGGCUGUCUCUGCCCGUCAAGGGUAAACCCCAUCCCACCUGCAACUGGUCCAAGGUUGGCAGCAGCAUCUCAGAGAGUGCCAUGAUCGCCAGCACCGAGGACGCCAGCGAACUGGUGAUCAAGGGAGCGCAGAGGAGCGACUCUGGAGUCUACGACCUCCUGCUAGAAAACAAGGUCGGUAAGAAGAAGGCUACGAUCAAAGUCAAGGUCAUCGGACGACCAAGCGCACCAGAGGGACCCCUGAGCUUCGAUGAGGUCCAGGCCAACUCCGUUAAGGUGUCUUGGAAGGCUCCCAGUGACGACGGUGGUUCAGAGGUCCUGGGCUACAUUGUGGAGAGACGAGAGGCCACGAGGAAUGCCUGGUACACUGUGGACUCCCGAGUCACCGACACCCAUCUGGCUGUGAAGUGCCUGAGAGAGGGAACAGAGUACCACUUCAAGGUCACUGCUGAGAACUCUUUCGGUGUCAGCGCUUCACUCAAAUCUUCAGAACCCCUCGUUCCAAAGACCCCUGUGUGUGUUCCCGAACCCUCCAGCAUUCCACCAGAGAUCAUGGAUGUGACAAAGAGCUCUGUGGCUCUGGCCUGGACCAAGCCCAAGGACGACGGUGGCUCCCCUGUCACCGGCUACUUCCUGGAGUACCAGGUUGUGUCGGCUGAGACAUGGUCUCGCCACCAGACGAAGAUCACCUCCACCAUGUUCACUCUGCCAGGACUAACGCCCGACGCAGAGUACCUGUUCCGCGUCGUUGCCGUUAACGACAUUGGUGAGGGCGAGGCUGGAAGUGUUUCUGAAGCCGUCACCUGCAAAGAUCCAUUCGACAAGCCGAGCCAGCCUGGGGAGAUUGACACGGUGAAUGUAGCGAAGAACUUCAUCGCUAUUCGCUGGAAGGCUCCUGCGUGCGACGGAGGAAAGGUGGUGCUGGGAUACUGGGUGGAGCACAGGAAGUCUACCGAAAGCAGCUGGAAGAAGUGCAACAAACUGAGGCUGAAGGACCCAGAAUUCACCGUGCCCGGCCUGGCCGAGGCCACAGAGUAUGAGUUCAGAGUGUUUGCUGAGAACGAGACCGGCAUCAGCAGACCUCGCAGGACGGCCACAUGCAUCAAAACUAAACUCAGUGUGGAAACCAAACCAAGCCUGAGGAAGGAGAUGGAUGAGGUGACUGCGAAGCUGGGCCAGCCGGCAGUCAUGAAGUGCCAGAUCAUUGGCCGCCCCGUGCCCGACAUCAAAUGGUACCACGCCGGCAAAGAGUUGGUGGAGUCUCGCAAGAACGAGAUGAGCUCUGAUGGUCGCAACCACACACUGUCCAUCAUGACCGACCAGCAGGAAGACGAGGGAGAGUACACCUGCAAGGCCAUCAACGACGCUGGGGACGCAGAGACCACCGGAGCGCUGGUCAUAGAGGCGGCUCCCAGCUUCCAUCCCGACUACCCCCUGAAGAACACCUACUACGCCGGGCUGGGCACCACCCUGCGCAUCCACGUGGUGUACAUCGGACGGCCCGAGCCCAAAAUCAUGUGGCUCCACGGUGCCAAGACCCUGGAGAACACGGACGACAUCAGCAUCGAGACCACCGAGCACUACACACACCUGGUCAUAAAAAACGUCCAGCGCAGGGUCAACGGAGGCAAAUACAGAAUCCGCCUGCACAACCACUUUGGACGCGCCGACACUGCAUUCAAUGUGGAAAUCUAUGACAAGCCUGACAUCCCAGAGGGACCCAUCGUCCUGGAGGCUCUGCUGAAGAACUCUGUGGUCAUCAGCUGGAAGGCUCCCCAGGAUUCUGGCGGCUCCAUUAUCACCAACUACAUCGUGGAGAAGCGCGAGGACAACGAGGAGUCCACCUGGGAGCUGGUGUCCUCCUCCAUCAACGGCCUGUCCUGCCGGGUUCCCAACCUGGUCGACAGUGAAGGAUACUUCUUCCGUGUGUUUGCUCAGAAUCGCUAUGGCAACAGUGAGCCACUGGAGCUGGCUGCACCUAUCCUCAUCAAAAGUCAACUGGCCAAACCAUCCCCGCCACUGUCGCCUGUGGUCUCUGGAAUCACCAGAGACUCGUGUGUCCUCUCAUGGAAGCCUCCUAGCAGUGAUGGAGGAUCCAAGAUCAAGAGCUACUGCCUGGAAAAGAAGGAUAAGAAGGGUGACUGGACACUGGUGACCACAGACGAGAUCAAACAGACCGUGUUCUCUGUCAAGCACCUCACUGAGGGCACUGAGUACGUCUUCCGUGUGAAGUGUGAGAACUUGGGUGGACAGAGCGACUACAGCGAGGAGACCGCUCCAAUGGUUCCCGCCACAGCCGUGGACGUCCGGGCACCCGCCUUCAAGGAGGAGCUGAGGAACCUGAGCGUCAAACACAAGAGUAAUGCCACGCUGGUCUGCAAGAUCACUGGUCAGCCCAAACCUGUGAUUAAAUGGUUCAGACGAGGGAAGGAGAUCCACUCUGACGGAAAGAAGAUCAAGAUACAGGAGUUCAAGGGGGGCUACCACCAGCUGGUAAUCUCUGAAGCUGAUGAGGAAGACUCCACCGUCUACCAGAUCAGAGCCACCAACCAGGGAGGGUCCAUCUGUGCUACAGUGUCCCUGGAUGUAGAGGUUCCUGCCAAAAUCCAUUUGCCAAAGAACCUUAAGGAUAAAGAAGCCAUUCCUGCCCUGCGUGGAGAGAUGGUUAACAUCAAGAUUCCUUUCGGAGGGAAGCCAGACCCUGUUAUUACCUGGCAGAAGGGACAGGACCUGAUUGACAGCAACGGAUACUACCAGGUCAUUGUCACAAGGUCAUUCACCUCCCUGGUCUUCCCAAAUGGAGUGGAGAAGAAGGAUGCUGGUUUUUACAUUGUCUGUGCCAAGAAUCGCUUUGGCAUUGAUCAGCAGACAGUUGAGCUGGAUGUGGCUGAUGUCCCUGAUCCUCCUCGUGACAUCAAAGCCACUGAUGUCUCUCGGGACUCUGUGUCCCUCAACUGGGUGGCCCCAGCGAACGAUGGCGGCAGCAAGGUCAUCAGCUACAUCAUUGAGAAGUGUCCCACCACGGCUGAGAGGUGGGAACGUGUGGCCCAGGCUCGGGACACCCACUACACCGUCACCGACCUCUUCGGAGGAACAGGCUACCAGUUCAGGACCAUCGCCAUCAAUAAGUUUGGACAAAGCACUCCUUCCGACACCACCGGCUCAGUCAUGACCAAGGAGGACAAAUCCAGAGUUCUCCUGUAUGACAGGGAGGUUGAUGAAUCAGGCCGCAUGCCUAGGGGCAAAGCUCCCCACUCCGGGGCCAGCAAUUUGCACAACAAGUUUGCGAUAGCUGAGGAGCUCGGCAGAGGUCAGUUUGGUAUCGUCCACCGCUGUGUCGAAAAGAGCUCUGAGAGGACCUACAUGGCGAAGUUUGUAAAAGUGAGGGGUGCAGAUCAGGCCAUUGUUAAGAAAGAAAUUGCAACUCUGAAUUUGGCCAAACACAUUAACUUCCUCAUUCUCCACGAGUCCUUCGACAGUCCUGAAGAGCUGGUGCUGAUCUUCGACUUCAUCUCUGGUGUGGACAUCUUUGAGCGCCUCAAUAUGGCAGACUUUGAGCUUAAUGAGCGUGAGAUUGUCAACUAUAUCAGACAGGUCUGCUCAGCUCUGGAGUUCCUGCAUGAUGAAUGCUAUGGGUGCUUUGACAUCAAGCCUGAGAACAUUGUGUACACAACAAGAACCAGCUCUAAUGUGAAGAUCAUUGAGUUGGGCCAGUGCAGACACCUGACUCCUGGAGACAUUACCAAGAUUCAGUAUACCACAUAUGAGUACGCAGCCCCCGAGAUUCACCAAUGCGACAUGGUGAGCUCUGUGACGGACAUGUGGUCUGUUGGUGUCCUGGCCUAUGUCCUCCUCAGUGGCUUGAAUCCAUUCACUGCUGAAACCACCCAGCAGAUGGUCGACAACAUCUCCAAUGCAGCCUACAGCUACGAUGAUGAAUCCUUUAAGCAGGUCAGCAUUGAGUCUUUAGAUUUCACCGACCGCCUGAUGACCAAGGACCGCAAGCACCGUAUGCGAGCUGUGGAGGCCCUGGAGCAUCCCUGGUUGAAGAGACCAGAGGAGGAGCUGAGCACCAGGCUGAUGCAGACCAGCAGGCAUAAGAGAUACUACCAGGCCAUGGUGAGGAAAGAGUGGAACACGGUGGUCUCUGCUGCUCGCGUGGCCAGUGGCGGCUCCAUCCGAUCCCAGAGAGGAGUCUUUGUUGCCAAGGUGAAAAUCGCUCCAUUCGAGCAUGGCCCUGUAGCAGGGCAGAUCAGCCAUUCUGUUGUCAACGAAGGAGACAACGUCAAGUUCACGUGCAACAUUGAAAACUAUGACAGCACCACUGAGGUGACCUGGUACUGUGGUGUCAGGCAGCUUGAGGCUGGGGAGAAGUUUGAGAUCGACUAUGAGGAUGGCCUUGCUGUUAUCGCCAUUAACAAGGUCACAAGGUCUGAUGACGGUACUUACAGAUGCAAGAUAGUUAACGAGUAUGGAGAGGACAGUGCCUAUGCUGAGCUCUUCAUCAAUGGUGUCAGAUCUUACCGUGACUUCUUCACCACCCGUGUAGUGAAGAGGGUGAAGAGGAGAGUUGACACUGCCAGGAUGCUGCAGAAGCCCCCAGAGUUCACCCUGCCUCUGGUCAAUCGCACCGCCUACAUCGGAGAGGACCUGCGCUUCGGUGUAACCAUCACCGUGCACCCUGAGCCUCGCGUUAUCUGGCAUAAAUCUGGACAGAAGCUUAACCCUGGAAGUGAUGAUAAGAAAUACACCUUCAUCAAUGACAAGGGUCUUUACCAGCUCAUCAUUCACAAACUGGAUAUGGAUGACGAUGCAGAGUACAGUGUUGUGGCUCGUAACACGUAUGGGGAUGACAGCUGCAAGGCUCGUGUAACUGUUAUUCCUCGACCCAAGCAAGCAGACCUCACCCUGCGGCCCAUGUUCAAGCGCCUGCUUGCUAAUGUAGACUGCAGGGAGGGCCAGAAUGCACGCUUUGAGAUCCGAGUUUCUGGCCGGCCUGAGCUUAUGUGGGAGAAGGACGGCACACCACUAGCUUAUGGCCCGUCUAUUGAGGUUGUCCAUGAGGGCCUGGAUUACUUCAUCCUGCACGUAAAAGACACUCUCCCUGAAGACUCUGGUGUGUACAGAGUCACUGCAACCAAUUCCGCUGGAUCUGCUAGCUGUCAAGCCACCCUAAAGGUGGAACAUGUCACUCAUGUAAAGAAGGAGUUUGAGAUGAGUGAGAAGGACAAGAAGAAGUUGGCUGUGAAGGUGGCCUUGGAUAAGAAGGUGAGGCUGUCUCAGAUUCUAUCUGGCACUGAAGUGAUGCCUCUGCCACCUGUGGCCAUGCAGGCAGUCAGAGAAGCUGCUAUCAUGUUCAAACCUGCCGUGACAACAAAGAAGGGUGAUAAGACAGAGGCUGAGAUACAAAAGGAGAAAGCGGAAAAGAAAAAGAGGGUAAAUGAGAAGAGGAUGCGCAUGCCAUACGAUGUGCCGGCCCCUCGCGUCAUCAACCCAGCUGCCCUGGAAGAGGAUGUAGAGAUCAAACACUUCAAGCCUUUCUCCGACAUGAAGUGGUACAAGAAGCUGCGUGAUCAGUACGAGUUCCCUGAGCCCAUGGACAAGAUCUCGCAGAAGAGGCUGAAGCCGAUCCGUCUCUCCAGGUGGGAUCAGUUCUACGAAGUGCCGUUGCCAAGGAUUAAAGACCAGUACAAGCCUAAGUGGCGCAUCCCGUCCGUCAGCCAGGACGACCUGGAGACGGUGAGGCCUGCCAGGCACCGCACUCCAUCCCCUGAGAUGGAGGCGUACAACAGGAUCAGGAGAAGAUCUCUGGGAGACUUCUCUGAUGAGGAGCUUCUGCUGCCAGUAAAUGAGUAUCUGUCAAUGAAGAGAACUGAGGAGGAAAGGCUUCUUCUCGAGGAUGAACUUGACUGCUCUUGCCUUAUCCCCAGCUUCCCCCCGAUAGAGUUUGAGCUGUCAUCCUUGCGCCCCUCCUCUCCUAGAAGAGUCUACACCGAUGACGAAGACAAGGAAGAGGUAAAGAGGUAUGACUCUUAUCGCAUCCCAUCUAAAUAUGAAGCAGGCCCAAGCUAUGUGGACCUGCGCCAGAGACACGACACAGCAACUUUCAGACCUCCCAGACAAAAGCAACGGGUCCAUGAGGAGAAGGAGGACCAGGAACUGCUGCGGCCACACAAAACCAACCAGAGAAUCACUUCCUACAAAAGCCAGCUCAAGCACAUGGAAUUUGAGGAUAAGACACGAGUCUCCAGAAAAGAGACAACUGUUACCACCUCCAAAGUUUCUGAAGCAGUGGAAUCGGAGUACAUCUCCUCAGUAGCCUCUGCAUUUAUAACUAAACCAAUCAAGAAGCUUCCUCCACCUGAGCCUGAGAGGAGAUCCCAUUCCCCUGAUAGGGCUUCCAAAUCAGAUGUUACCUUUCCUAAAGUCGACUUCCUGUCGCGGUACGAGGAGAGGAAGCAGGCUCUAAGGUCAGAGAGGAGGUCAGUGGAACGGAAGGUAGAUGUGGUGAGUCAGGCCCCUUUCAGUCUGGACCACUCCCCACGUGUCACCAUCAGGAUGCGCUCACACCGCAUCCCCUACGGCUCUAACACCAAGUUUACCCUCAACAUCCAAGCAAAACCUGCGGCUGAAAUCAUGUGGUUCCAUGAUGGACACCUGAUUCACCAGAGUAAGAAAUACCACAUGAGCAACAACAGUGGUAUGCUGACUCUCCAGAUCAUUGAGUGUCUUACAGAGGAUGCUGGUACCUACCGUGUUGUAUGCAAGAAUGCCAAAGGAGAGACAUCAGACUACGCCACACUGGAUGUAUCCGGAACAGAAUACGAUGCCUUCUCUUCAUUCCGCAAGGAGGAGGAGCCACCAUCCGUUCAUCUCCCCAAGAUGACCACGACAGAGGUGUACCAUGUCUCCUCUUCAAAGACCACCGUUCAGGAAACUGCCCAGGAAACUAUGCAUGAAACUGUCCAGGAAACCAUUACAGUUGUUGAGAAGAAAAGGGUGGAGCCUAGACUUCCAGCCAAGAUUUUGAAGAAACCAAAAUCUGUCAUUGUGGUAGAGGGAGACGUUGCCGUCUUUGAGUGUGAUGUUGAAGGUGAUCCAACACCUUCUAUAACCUGGCUUCGUGAAGGGGUUGCUAUAGCAUCUUCUGCCCAACACCACAUUGCCUCUACUCAGCAAAGCUCUACCUUUGAGAUUUCUUCUGUUCAAAUGUCUGAUGAAGGCAGCUACACUCUGCUGGUAGAGAAUCCUGCAGGGAAACAGGAAGCCUCUUUCACCUUGACCAUCCGCAAGGUUGUAUCUAAGGAGAAAGUAAUAGCUUCGCCUAGGGUUGUUUCACCAGAGGCCAAAUCUCCACUAGCAAAGUCCCCUGAGCCAAUCAAGUCACCCCAAAGACUCAAGUCCCCUGAACCGAUCAAGUCCCCCACACAAGUCAAGUCCCCGCAAAGCGCCAAAUCCCCUACUCCCUCUGAAUACAUUAAAGUCAGCUGUGAGAUGACAGGACAGCCCACACCCCAGUAGCUGCACAACAACAAGACGGUGUCUCUGGUCUCAACCAGGAGACUGACCCCCUCCAACAACACAUGGAACAGAGAAACACAUGUGGAGAGCUGCGACCUGCACACCUCCCUGAAGAUCUGUGCUCUGAAGGAGACGGAGGCCGGAGCCCACACCCUCAGGCUCUCCAACGAGUUUGGCUUCGACUCUGCAGCUGUUAACGUCCACAUCUGGUCCAUGUAACCCCUUAACACUGUCUCCCUCCCCUCCUUCACAGCCUUUUUAUUUAUUGAAUAAGCACAAAUAUUCUUACUUGAUAAAGAACUGAAUUUCUGUUCUUGUAAAUAUGAACUAUUUUUAUACCAAACUUGACAUUAAUUUAUGCCAAACUAGACAAAAGUCUAAAGUUGUUAUAAACUGUGCCAUAUUGGAUAAUUAUGACUUAGGAUUUUUGAACCACUUUUCUGGGACGUGUACAUAAUGUAUAUAGCCGAAUAUAACGGUUAUGAAAAAUGAAUGAAUUGUUAUUUAUGACAAUAUUAACUGAAACAAAAGCAACAAAAUCUUUUCAAAGGGGAAAGUUUCAAAUGAAACGAAUACCCAUGGAAACAAAGAAACUAAAACACUGUGCCUCAACAAUAAGUUGAAGUCUUAAGAUUGCCUCAACAGGUAGUGAGGCUCCCUGUUGACGUUAUAAACAAGAUUCAGAGACAAAACUCUAAAUAUGCACAUGCCUCUGCGUGUGAUAUUACAGUAUCUAUGAACUGUAACAUGAGCAUAAGACCUUGAGUGCUGUUUGCAUAUUACCCUCAUGUAAGCAGCAUGAACUGGUCUUGUGCUCAUACUGACCGUGUCAUACCACCAUUUGAAUGACAUGCCCAGAGUGUGAGCGGCCUGCACUUUGGACGUUAGAUCAUUGUGCGUUGUUUCUGGCAAAGGAGGACUGGGUUUUGUUUUAAACCAACAUCACCAGGCCGAAAGGAAGAUAAAAACAAACCCAGCACUUGUGUGCAGAAGCAGCGCUCUCUCUAGGAGGAUUGCUCAGUAACGUGUGUGUGUGUGUGUGUGUGUGUGUGUGUGUGUGUGUUUCUAGCUUUUAGCCUUUCACCUGUCGCUAGUCAGGGUUUUCUUUAAUGCAAAUGUACCACAGCGAUGACACCUGCUGUGUAAACAAAAGCAAAUGUAAUAGUGUGGAGCCCUGCACUUCGAUUUAAUUAUCAUGUUGAUGUAGAAUUGUGAUUAUAUAAGUCCUCCUUGAGUUGUAUGCAUAACUGAUUUAUUAAAGCAUGAUUUCAGCACUAUCAAA